AUGCAAACCCACUUCGAGGAGAGGAGAGGAGAGGAGAGGAGAGGAGAGGAGAGGAGAGGAGAGGAGAGGAGAGGAGAGGAGAGGAGAGGAGAGGAGACUGUUAUAGGUUGAGUGAGUAAGUGAGUCAGUCCAGAAGGAGAUGAAUAUAGAGGCUCUCUUAAUACUUUAAUAUGACUCCUUAGUGUCUGCUGCCACAGAUCCCCAGCUACUGUGUUCCCUUCAAAUCUAAUUUUAUUGGUCGCGUACACAUAUUUUGCAUAUGUUAAUGCAGGUGCAGCGAAAUGCUUAUGUUUCUAGCUCCAACAGUGCAGUAAUAUCUAACAAUACAGAAUAAUACACAGAAGUCCCCCAAAAUUCAAAGAAAGUAAUCAAGAAAUAUCAGAACAAGCAAUGUCAGAGUCCAGAAUAUAAAUAUAUAUGUAUAUGAUGGUGUGUAUAGACAGUAUGGAAUGUAUAUGAAUAGAAAGGUGUGUACAGCAGUAGUUAUAUAGAAUGAGCCAUGGCUAGAAUACAGUAUAUACAUAUAAAGUGGGUAAAACAGUAUGUAAACAUUAUUAAAGUGACCAGUGUUCAAUGACUAUGUACAUACGCCAGCAGUCUCUAAGGUGCAGGGUAGUACCAGGUGGUAGCUGGCUAGAACAGUGACUAAAGUUCAGGGCAGGAUACUGGGCGGAGGCCGGCUAGUGGUGACUGUUUAAUAGUCUGAUGGCCUGGAGAUAGAAGCUGUUUAUCAGUCUCUCUGUCCCAGCUUUGAUGCACCUGUACUGUCUCCGCCUUCUAGAUGGUAACGGGGUGAACUGGCCGUGGCUCGGGUGGCUGAGGACCUUGAUGAUCUUAUUGGCCUUCCUGUGACACUGGGUGCUGUAGAUUUCCUGAAAGGCAGGCAGUGUGCCCCCGGUGAUGCAUUGGGCUGACCGCACCACCCUCUGGAGAGCCCUGUGGUUGCGGACGGUGCAAUUGCCGUACCAGGUGGUGAUACAGUUUGUGAGGGUCUUAGGGGCCAAGCUACAUUUCUUCAGCCUCCGGAGGUGUUGUUGGGGCGUGAGCUUAGUGAUGAGCUUGGAGGGCACUAUGGUGUUGAAGGCUGAGCUGUAGUCAAUGAACAGCAUUCUUACAUACAGUGAGGGAAAAAAGUAUUUGAUCCCCUGCUGAUUUUGUACGUUUGCCCACUGACAAAGAAAUGAUCAGUCUAUCAUUUUAAUGGUAGGUUUAUUUGAACAGUGAGAGACAGAAUAACAACAAAAAAAUCCAGAAAAACGCAUGUCAAAAAUGUUAUAAAUUGAUUUGCAUUUUAAUGAGGGAAAUAAGUAUUUGACCCCCUCUCAAUCAGAAAGAUUUCUUGGCUCCCAGGUGUCUUUUAUACAGGUAACGAGCUGAGAUUAGGAGCACACUCUUAAAGGGAGUGCUCCUAAUCUCAGUUUGUUACCUGUAUAAAAGACACCUGUCCACAGAAGCAAUCAAUCAAUCCGAUUCCAAACUCUCCACCAUGGCCAAGACCAAAGAGCUCUCCAAGGAUGUCAGGGACAAGAUUGUAGACCUACACAAGGCUGGAAUGGGCUACAAGACCAUCGCCAAGCAGCUUGGUGAGAAGGUGACAACAGUUGGUGUGAUUAUUCGCAAAUGGAAGAAACACAAAAGAACUGUCAAUCUCCCUCGGCCUGGGGCUCCAUGCAAGAUCUCACCUCGUGGAGUUGCAAUGAUCAUGAGAACGGUGAGGAAUCAUCCAAUAACUACACGGUAGGAUCUUGUCAAUGAUCUCAAGGCAGCUGGGACCAUAGUCACCAAGAAAAUUAUUGGUAACACACUACGCCGUGAAGGACUGAAAUCCUGCAGUCCCCGCAAGGUUCCCCUGCUCAAGAAAGCACAUAUACAUGCCCAUCUGAAGUUUGCCAAUGAACAUCUGAAUGAUUCAGAGGAGAACUGGGUGAAAGUGGUGUGGUCAGAUGAGAUCAAAUUGGAGCUCUUUGGCGUCAACUCAACUCGGCGUGUUUGGAGGAGGAGGAAUGCUCCCUAUGUCCCCAAGAACACCAUCCCCACCGUCAAACAUGGAGGUGGAAACAUUAUGCUUUGGGAGUGUUUUUCUGCUAAGGGGACAGGACAACUUCACCGCAUCAAAGGGAUGAUGGACGGGGCCAUGUACCGUCAAAUCUUGGGUGAGAACCUCCUUCCCUCAGCCAGGGCAUUGAAGAUGGGUCGUGGAUGGGUAUUCCAGCAUGACAAUGACCCAAAACACACGGCCAAGGCAACAAAGGAGUGGCUCGAGAAGAAUCACAUUAAGGUCCUGGAGUGGCCUAGCCAGUCCCAGACCUUAAUCCCAUAGAAAAUCUGUGGACGGAGCUGAAGGUUCGAGUUGCCAAACGUCAGCCUCGAAAACCUUAAUGACUUGGAGAAGAUCUGCAAACCUGGUGGCCAACUACAAGAAACGUCUGACCUCUGUGAUUGCCAACAAGGGUUUUGCCACCAAGUCCUAAGUCAUGUUUUGCAGAGGGGUCAAAUAUUUAUUUCCCUCAUUAAAAUGCAAAUCAAUUCAUAACAUUUUUGACAUACGUUUUUCUGGAUUUUUGUUGUUGUUAUUCUGUCUCUCACUGUUCAAAUAAACCUACCAUUAAAAUUAUAGACUGAUCAUUUAUUUUUCAGCGGGCAAACGUACAAAAUCAGCAGGGGAUCAAAUACUUUUUUCCCCCACUGUAGGUAUUCCUCUUGUCCAGAUGGGAUAAGGCAGUGUGCAGUGCGAUGGCGAUUGCGUCAUCUGUGGAUCUGUUGUGUCGGUAUGCAAAUUGUAGUGGGUCUAGGGUAUCGGGAAGGUGGAGGUGAUAUGAUCCUUAACUAGCCUCUCAAAGCACUUCUUGAUGACAGAAGUGAGUGCUACGGGGCGAUAGUCAUUUAGUUCAGUUACCUUCGCUUUCUUGGGUACAGGAAAAAUCCCUGUGGAUUGAUGAGGAACUGAAAAAUGGUAUGGUUGAGAGGGAUGAGGCAAAAGGAAUGGGAAAUAAGUCUGGCUGCACAACCGAUUGGCAAACGUAUUGCAAAUUGAGAAAUCAUGUGACUAAACUGAAUGAAAAGAAGAAGAAACAACACUAUGAAACAAGGAUAAAUGACAUAAAGAAUGAUAGUAAAAAGCUUUGGAGCACCUUAAAUAAAAUUUUGGGAAAAAAGGCAAACUCAGCUCCACCAUUCAUUGAAUCAGAUGGCUCAUUCAUCACAAAACCAACUGAUGUUGCCAACUACUUUAAUACUUUUUUUCAUUGGCAAGAUUAGCAAAUUUAGGCAUGACAUGCCAGCAACAAUUGCUGACACUACACAUCCAAGUAUAUCUGACCAAAUUAUGAAAGACAAGCAUUGUAAUUUUGAAUUCCAUAAAGUGAGUGUGGAAGAGGUUAAAACAAUAUUGUUGUCUAUUAACAAUGACAAGCCACCGGGGUCUGACAACUCGGAUGGAAAAUUACUGAGGAUAAUAGCGGACAAUAUUGCCACUCCUAUUUGCCAUAUUUUCAAUUUAAGUCUACUAGAAUGUGUGUGCCCCAAGGUUUGGAGGGAAGCAAAAGUCAGAAUAGUAAAGCCCCCUUUACUGGCUCAAAAGCCGACCAAUUAGCCUGUUACCAACCCUUGGUAAACUAUUGGAAAAAAUUGUGUUUGACCAGAUACAAUGCUAUUUUACAGUAAACAAAUUGACAACAAACUUUCAUCAUGCUUAUAGAGAAGGACAUUCAACAAGCACAGCACUUACACAAAUGACUGAUUGGCUGAGAGAAAUUGAUGAUGAAAAGAUUGUGGGGACUGUUUUGUUAGACUUCAGUGCGGCUUUUGACAUUAUCGAUCAUAGUCUGCUGCUGGAAAAAUGUAUGUGUUAUGGUAAUACACCCCCUGCUAUAAUGUGAAUAAAAGGUUACUUGUCUAACAGAACACAGAGGGUGUUCUUUAAUGGAAGCCUCUCAAACUUAAUCCAGGUAGAAUCAGGAAUUCCCCAGGGCAGCUGUCUAGGCCCCUUACUUUUUUCCAUCUUUACUAACGUCAUGCCACUGGCUUUGAGUAAAGCCAGUGUGUCUAUGUAUGCGGAUGACUCAACACUAUACACGUCAGCUACUACAGUAACUGAAAUAACUGCAACACUUAACAAAGAGUUGCAGUUAGUUUCGGAAUGGGUGGCAAGGAAUAAGUUAGUCCUAAAUAUUUCCAAAACUAAAAGCAUUGUAUUUGGGUCAAAUCAUUCACUAAACCCUAAACCUCAACUACAUCUCGUAAUGAAUAAUGUGGAAAUUGAGCAAGUUGAGAUGACUAAACUCUUUGGAGUAACCCUGGAUUGUAAACUGUCAUGGUCAAAUCAUAUUGAUACAACAGUAGCUAAGAUGGGGAGAAGUAUGUCCAUAAUUAAGUGCUGCUCUGCCUUCUUAACAACACUAUCAACAAGGCAGGUCCUACAGGCCCUCGUUUUGUCGCACCUAGACUACUGUUCAGUAGUGUGGUCAGGUGCCACAAAGAGGGACUUGGGAAAAUUGCAGUUGGCUCAGAACAGGGCAGCACGGCUGGCCUUUAAAAGUACACGGAGAGCUAACAUUAAUGACAUGCAUGUCAGUCUCUCCUGGCUUAGAGUGGAAGAGAGAUUGACUUCAUCACUGCUUGUUUUUGUAAGAGGUGUAGACAAGCUGAAUGUACCAAGCUGUCUGUUUGGAAUACUGGCACACAGCUCAGACACCCAUGCAUACCCCACAAGACAUGCCACCAGAGGUCUCUUCACAGUCCCCAAGUCCAGAACAGACUAUGGGAGGCACACAGUACUACACAGAGCCAUGACUACAUGGAACUCUAUUCCACAUCAGGUAACUGAUGCAAGCAGUAGAAUCAGAUUUUUUUAAAACAGGUAAAAAUACACCUUAUGGAACAACAGGGACUGUGAAGAGACACACACAAAGCUAUAGGACACAUGCAUAUGCAUACAUUGUGAUAUUGUUGUUUGGUGGUAUUAAACAUUUUAUAUUGUAGAUAGGUAGUGGUGUAAUAACGUUAUAUGAUGUACUGUUUUAUAUUUUGUUUUAUAUGUAAUGUAAGUGUUUUAUUAUGUUUGGACCCCAGGAAGAGUAGCUGCUGCCUUGGCAGCAGCUAAUGGGGUUACCUAAUAAAUACAAAUACAAAAGUCAGCUUGCCUUUAGCCCUACACAAUAUAAUAGAUUGGUCGGCAGGCAUCCAGCUCUCUGUCUGCUUACUGCUGAUUCUGUUUGUCACUUAUCUAUCCCCUCAGAAUGAAAUGACAUUCUGCUGUUCAGAGCUCUACAGAUAAGUUAUAAGAGCUGUAACAGCAUUGAGUAGACAGCUUUGUGAGUUUGGUUGCAGAGCCAUAACAGUUACAAGACAGGGAGAUGAUUCAGGAACGAUUAUGUCAAUGUGAAUGUAUUGUAAUGUUUUUAAAAUGGUAUAAACUGCCUUAAUUUUGCUGGAUCCCAGGAAGAGUAGCUGCUGCCUUGGCAGCAGCUAAUUGAGAUCCAUAAUAAAUACAAAUACAAAUAGAGCUGCUGCUCUGCUUAAGUAUAUGCUAGACCGAGUCUAAUGACAGUGGGUAACAACCCACUACAAAUGUAGGAUCUUAAUUUGAGCCAGAUGCUACAGCAGGAAAAUAGUCCUGAAGCAACAGGAAAUGUGAAUUAUAAAUAUACAUUUUUGUAGGGGUUGAUACAUUUUCCGUAAGGGAAAUCAAGUCUGAAAUUUCAAAGUGGAAAUUACAUACUUCAGAAGCCUUUUUAAACCUCAAAUACAGUACAAGUUUUACAUUUCCUGCAUUGCAGGCAAGUUAUCCUGCAACACGGUAAUCAAAUGAAGAUCCUACAUCUUUAUGUGGUUACCAAUGAGGGAUGUAAAAAUACUUCGUCCAAGCUAAAUUGGUACUCUGUAAUUUGUAGCUGGUGAAAAAGGAUCUCCUAACCUCUGGCAGGGAGGUUUAGACCUCACGGUCGUCCUCCGCUCGAAUUCCCCACCGACCCCGCACAAACACAAAAACAAACAAACAAUACAACAAAGUAAUACAAGCCCACACAAACACCACACACACCAUAUGUUUUACUAUCCUUGUGGGGACCUAAAAUUGAUUUCCAUUCAAAAUCCUAUUUUCCCUAACCUUAACACAUAAUCAUGACUCCUAAAUCUAACCCCUAACCCUAAUUAUAACCCUAAUUGUAACCCUAAACCUAACCCCUAAGCUCAAAAUAGCUCUUGUGGGAAAUGUCCCCACGAGGGAUAAUUUUCCUUGUUUUACUAUCCUUGUGGGGACAUUUGGGGAUUUCCAUUACCCACGAGGAUAGUAAUACAAGCCCACACAAACAGAGCAGCAACGUGGGGUGUUUUCUGCUCUCCUUGCAUUUUCCUUUCUCUCUGUUUUCAGAACUCAAUAAGGGGGCUACUAAUUGUUUCUUACUGCCCUUGGAUUGAAUAGUAAUUUUUAUUAGAGUGGACAUGAGCAAUGAGGUGAAAAACAUGACAAACAAGCCACUGAUGCAGUUUUCCAUCUCACACAAACAAAGGCCCUGGUGUCCUCUGGAGGCUGUAUCACUGAAGUUAGGGCUCGUUCUGUUCUAUUUCUAUAGGCAUUGUGGAUAUUGAUGGGUUGCUCAUUUUUAAUGGAUGAUGUAAAGCAGAACAAAAUUAAUUAUAUUAGCUGUUUGAGCAAGAGAUAAGGACAAGUGGCACUUGUUACAUCAAUCUGGAUAUCCACAGCAUAUAGGCCUAGCAUGUAACACGUGUAUAGCACAUGUGUGUAGCACAAACAAUGUGUCACAUGGUUUUAUGAAAGAUGGCUAUCACUUCAGGAAUGAAGCAUAGGUAAAGCUUUGAGUGAAUAACCUACUUUUCUUCUAUUUCUCCUCCUUUCUUCCGCGCUGUGUCGAACAUACUGCCCAAGGGCUGGAUCUGGCCCGUGAGGAGUCCAAUCCGGCCUGCAGGUGUUUAAAAAAAUUUUGUGUAGGAAAACUCAAAUUAUUCAUACCCCUUGACUUAUUCUACAUUUUGUUGUGUUACAGCCUGAAUUCGAAAUUGAUUAAAUAUUUUUUUCUCGCCCAUCUACACACAAUAUCCCAGAAUGACAAAGUGAAAACAUGUUUAUAGAAAUGUUUGCUAAUACAGAAAUAUCUAAUUUACAUAAAUAUUCACACCCCUGAGUCAAUACUUUGUAGAAGCACCUUUUGGCAGCAGUUAUAGCUGUGAGUCUUUCUGAGUAAGUCUCUAAGAGCUUUUCACACCUAGAUUGUGCAACAUUUGCCCAUUAUUCUUUUCAAAAUUCCUCAAGCUCUGUCAAAUUGGUUGUUGAUCAUUGCUAGAUAACAAUUUUCAGGUCUUGCCAUAUAUUUUCAAGUAGAUUUAAGUCAAACUGUAACUCGGCCACGUAGGAACAUUCAAUGUCUUCUUGGUAAGCAACUCCAGUGUAGAUUUGGCCUUGUGUUUUAGGUUAUUGUCCUGCUGAAAGGUGAAUGAAUCUCCCAGUGUCUGGUGGAAAGCAGACUGAACCAGGUUUCCUCUAGGAUUUUGCCUGUGCUUAGCUCCAUUCUGUUUAUUUUUUAUCCUGAAAAACUCCCCACUCCUUAACGAUUACAAGCAUACUCAUAACAUGAUGCAGCCACCACUAUGCUUAAAAAUAUGGAGAGUGGUAAUCAGUAAUGUGUUGUAUUGGAUUUGCCCCAACAAAAAAGUUGAGGGGUGUGAACAUUUUCUGAAGGCACUGUACUUUAAAAUGACAAUUUUUUUUUGAAACUGUGUGAUAAUGGACCUACAUUCAUACAGUUUCUUGACUGUGUCCAGCUUGCUAAUAAAGAAAGGCAUUUCACUGUACUUGUGCACAUGACAAAAAAAUUUGAAACUUAAUAAUCACCUAAAUGAAAGCUAGACAGUCAGGGAGCAUAGAGGACAAACUUUUUUUAAAAAUUUUGACGGCAAGGAAAUAUAACCCAUUUUCAGUGAGGCCUUCCAGACCUCGUUGAAGACCGAAUGCGGCCCCCGGGGCAAAAUGAGUUUGACACGCCUGCUCUAAGUGGUCAACAACGCUAUAGUGCCCCAUUUGUGUGAUGACCUCUAAUUAAUCUGGAUGGCCUAUCUAUUUCUGGGGUCUUCCUUUGUAUGUUUGGCCCUCUCUCUUUAAGAGAUGCAAGAAUUGAAACAACAGUGGAAACUACUGUUUAUCUCUUUGCAGUUAACUGCAAAUCUGUUAAUUGCGGAGUGCUCUUAGAACAGGGUGCUCAAGAGUUGCAUAAAAUAGCUCCAAUCAGUGUUUUUAUUCUGAGAGGAUCUACUUUGUGUCGUUUCGUUGUCCUCUUGACUCUGUCAUUUCAUAUGUUUUACAGAAACAUUAGCUACAUUUGUAUGAUAACAAUACAAAUCUUGACAAAAUGAGGAGCAACCUCAUUUAAGCGCCCCUCUACCACUUCUGAAAUAAACUCCCUCACUCAAGCAGAGUUUCAGAACUGCAGCAUCUAAAGAGCAUCUUUGGUGCUCAUGUUCUAACAUGUUCAAGGAGAUGUGUCAAACUGGUAGUGAGAGGGCUUAACAACACAAGGCUUGCUAUUCAGAACCAACACAACGCCUGAAACCACCUCUGGUGAUGCACUCAAAACGCCUCAGCCUGGAAUAAAGUGAGAUUGCCAUAGCAACGAGGCUAUUAUUGUAUACAGUGUAUUAAGUCAACCUUAUUGCUUCUAAAACAAAACAUUUCAAGGUAGAAUCUAGUGUUCAAACGAAAAACUGUUUUCUUUCUUAAUUGGGAAAAGUGUCUCAAGUGAAGUUCAAUGGUGUUUGGAAUGGCUUUGAUUAGCCUUGGAGCAACGUUUGAAUGAAUGUUCUUCAACAAUUGAUCUCAUGUUGUGCAAAUGUUGCAAUUAUCACUGAAGCCCUUACACUUAACUUACACAGACAAUACUUAUGGAUUGGACAACCACUUUCAAUUUAUGUAAGAUAUUGUUUAUGGCAAAAGUGCUCUAGAAUACCUAUGAAUAAGUACUUGAAUACAGGGAAUCGCUCUCAAUAUUUUUUUCUGGAUGAUAGAUUCUCUGUAAUAUGAUUGCCUUGGGCGUGAUGAGAACAUUGUUGCUGCAACAAACAUUUGCACUUAAAUGAUGCUGCCUUGUUUGGUGUUGUAGGUCUUCAUUAUUCUGGUGUAGACUGACAUAGGGGGAUCCCACCUGGUUGUGCGCCUUGUUUCCUGGAGACAGGGUGUCUACACCCCCUCUGUUGGAGAUGGUAUCUCCAUGGGGGUCGCUAGCUCAGAAUGGGAGGUCUAUGAAUCGAAACAGGAACGGGGUCUUUUGUGAAACGGUUGUCGUGACAGAUGCUAACAUUCUUUAUGGUGUCCUUAGAGAGAAAUUAUCUGUGUGUUUGGUUUGGUUAUGGCAAUAACCUCCAGGCAGACAUAAACAAUGCUACUGACUUUUGCCCAUACUAUAAUUGUUCUAUUGAAUGGUUUUCUAGACUGUUUUUUAAAAUAGUGAUUAUCCAGUCAAAUGUUCCUUCGCUAUGUGAUGUCAUUAAUAGAGGAAACAUGUUGGGUCAAGUCUGGUAAUCUCUCACUGUUAAAUUGAAUUAGCAGCCGCAGCAUCAGUUUGCCUCUAGGUGAGAGGAUCGAAAAAAGCUCCAACAUACUGAAUGAGGUAGUGUCAAAUCAAAUCAAAUUAUAUUUGUCACAUGCUUUGUAAACCACAGUUUUAGACUAACAGUGAAACUAACAGCUUACUUACGGGUCCUUUUCAAACAAUGCAGUUAAAGAUAAAAGAAGAUCAAAUAAACCUGGAAAUAAUGACACAAGUAAUAAAUACACAGUGAAUAACAAAUAACAAUAACGAGUUAGAGCUAGAAGCAAGGCAGCCCUCUCUGUCGGCGCCAUUCUACCCUAAACGAGUAAAAAUAACAUGGCUAUAUACAGUACAGGGAGUACCAGUACUAGGCUUGUACAAUCUACUGUUUAUACAGUAUACCGGGGUCAUUCGAAAUACCAGCUAUAUGAAUUUCAAUACAGCGGGGGUGCGUGCAUACGCCACUGCUUAUAACUAUAAGUUAAGUAUAACUAUAAGAAAUCUAAGAUGUGUCAAAUAAAUGAUAUCCAGCUCAGGGCUCCAGCUAUGCAUUUGGUUUGAUAACUUGCUAGCUACAGUGCAUUCGGAAAGUAUUCAGACCCCUUGACUUUUUCCACAUUUUGUUACGUUACAGCCUUAUUCUAAAAUGGAUUAAAUAAAUACACAUCCUCAUCAAUCUCCACACAAUACCCCAUAAUAACGAAGCAAAAACUGGUUUUCAUAAAACUUAAAUAUCACAUUUACAUAAGUAUUCAGACCCUUUACUCAGUACUUUGUUGAAGCACCUUUGGCAGCAAUUUACAGCCUUGAGUCUUCUUGAGUAUGACACUACAAGCUUGGCACACCUGUAUUUGGGGAGUUUCUCCCAUUCUUCUCUGCAGAUCCUCUCAAGUUCAGUCAGGUUGGAUGGGGUGCGUUCUUGGUCACCUCCCUAACCAAGGCCUUUCUCCCCCGAUUGCUCAGUUUGGCCGAGCGGCCAGCUCUAGGAAGAGUCUUGGUGGUUCCAAACCCCUUCCAUUUAAGAAUGAUGGAGGCCACUGUGUUCUUGGGGACCUUCAAUGCUGCAGACAUUUUUUGGUACCCUUCCCCAGAUUCUGCCUCGACACAAUCCUGUCUCGGAGCUCUACGGACAUUUCCUUUGACCUCAUGGCUUGGUUUUUGCUCUGACAUGCACUGUCAACUGUGGAACCUUAAAUAGACAGGUGUGUGCCUUUCCAAAUAAUGUCCAAUCAAUUGAAUUUACCACAGGUGGACUCCAAUCAAGUUGUAGAAAUCUCAAAGAUGAUCAAUGUAAACAGGAUGCACCUGAGUUCAAUUUCGAGUCUCAUAGCAAAGGGUCUGAAUACUUAUGUAAAUAAGGUAUUUCAGUUUUUUAUUUUUAAUACCUUUGCAAAAAAUUCUAAAAAUCUGUUUUUGCUUUUGUCAUUAUGGGUUAUUGUGUGUAGAUUGAUGAGGAUACUUUUUUUCACAUCCAUUUUAGAAUAAGGCUUUAACGUAAUAAAAUGUGGAAAAAGUCAAGGGGUCUGAAUACUUUCCGAAUGCACUGUAAGUGGCUAGAUGUUAAGAUCAAGCUUCUAGGUUUCAGUAGAGACGUUCAAUCCCCUCCGGGAUCCCUGUUGCCUAAAUUGUUUUGUGCGUAAAACAAAAAGUGUAUGUAUGUGUGAGUGUGUGGGUAGAGUCCAGUGUGUGUGCAUAGUCAGUGCAAGAGAGUUAGUUCAAAAAAGGGACAAUGCAGGUAGCCAUUUGAUUAGCUAUUUAGCAGCCUUGUUUAGCAGUCUUAUGGCUUAAGGGCUGAAGCCGUUCAGGGUCCUGUUGGUUCCAGACUUUGUGCACUGGUACCGCUUGCUGUACGAUAGCAGAGAGAACAUGACAUGGGUGGCUGGAGUCUUUGACCAUUUUUUGGGCCUUCCACUGACUCCACCUGUAUAGAGGUCCUGGAUGGCAGGGAGCUCGGCCCCAGUGAUGUACUGGGCUGUAAGUUUAUCAUUUUUUGCAAUUAUGUUAUCAAAACUGAAAACUGUUGUGCUGAUUAAAGAAGCAAUAAAACUGGCCUUCUUGAAAAAGAAUAAGUCAUAUCUUAGACUGGCCAAUAAAAAUAAAAGAUUAAGAUGGGCAAAAGAACCGACACUAGACUUAUUUGCACCUCGGACUAGAAGGUCAGCAUCCCGGAGUCGCCUCUUCGCUGUUGACAUUGAGACUGGUGUUUUGCGGGUACUAUUUAAUGUUUUGCGGGUCUGUUUCUCAAACUAAACACUCUAAUGUAUUUGUCCUCUUGCUCGGUUGUGCACCGGGGCCUCCCACUCCUCUUUAUAUUCUGGUUAGAGCCAGUUUGCGCUGUUCUGUGAAGGGAGUAGUACACAGCGUUGUACGAGAUCUUCAGUUUCUUGGCAAUUUCUCACAUGCAAUAGCCUUCAUUUCUCAGAACAAUAAUAGACUGACAAGUGUCAGAAGAAAGUUAUUUGUUUCUGGCCAUUUUGAGCCUGUAAUCAAACCCACAAUUGCUGAUGCUCCAGAUACUCAACUAGUCUCAAGAAGGCCAGUUUUAUUGCUGCUUUAAUCAGCACAACAGUUUUCAGCUGUGCUAACAUAAUUGCAAAAGGGUUUUCUAAUAAUCAAUUAGCCUUUUAAAAUGAUAAACUUGGAUUAGCAAACACAACGUGCCAUUGGAACACAGGACUGAUGGUUGCUGAUAAUGGGCCUCUACGCCUGUGUAGAUAUUCCAUUAAAAAUCAGCUGUUUCCAGCUACAAUAGCCAUUUACAACAUUAACAAUGUCUACACUGUAUUUCUGAUAAAUGUAAUGUUAUUUUAAUGGACAAAAAAUUUGCUUUUCUUUUGAAAACAAGGACAUUUCUAAGUGACCCCAAACUUUUGAACGGUAGUGUAUAUAUAAUGGUGUGUCUAGAUAGUAUGGACAGGAUAUUAAUAGGAAAGGUGUUAACGGUAUGUUAACAUUAUUAAAGUAACCAGUGUUCAAUGACUAUGUACACAGGUCAGACGUCUCUAAGGUGCAGGAUAGAGUACCGAGUGGUAGCCAGCUAGUAACAGUGACUAAGUUCAGGGCAAUGUACUGGGCGGAGGCUGGCUAUUGUUGACUAUUUAACUCUCUGAUGGCCUGGAGAUGGAAGCUGUUUUUCAGUCUCUCGGUCCCAGCUUUGAUGCACCUGUACUGUCCCCACCUUCUAGAUGGUAGUGUGGUGAACAGGUCGUGGCUCGGGUGGCGGAGGUCCUUCGUGUGACACCGGGUGAUCUUCUUGGCCUUCCUGUGACACCGGGUGCUGUACAGUAGAUGUCCUGGAGGGCAGGCAGUGUGCCACUGGUGAUACGUAGGGCUGACCGCACCACCCUCUGGAGAGCCCUGCAGUUGCGGACAGUGCAAUUGCCAUACCAGGCAGCGAUACAGCUGACAGGAUGCUCUCAAUGGUGCAUCUGGCGAAGUUUGUGAGGGUCUUAGGGACCAAGCCAAAUUUCUUCAGCCUCCUGAGGUUGAAGAGGUGCUGUUGCUCUGAGUACUCAUCUUGGUAUUCCGUCUGGCUCCAUGGCCUUGUGAUUGUUAACCUGUUGAAAGGUCUUACUCACAUUGGCUACGGAGAGCGAGAUCACACAGUCAUCCGUAACAGCUGGUGCUCUCAUGCAUGGUUCAGUUUUGCUUCCCUCCAAGCGAGCAUAGAAGGCAUUUAGCUUGUCUGCUAGACUCACGUAACUGGGCAGCUCGCGGCUGGGUUUCCCUUUGUAGUCCAUGAUAGUUUGUAAGCCCUGCCACAUCCGUCGUGCAUCAGAGCCGGUGUAGUAGGAUUCGAUCUUAGUCCUGUAUUGAAGCUUUGCCUAUUUGAUGGCUCGUCAGAGUUCGUAGCUAGAUUUCUCCUAAGCGUCCGAAUUAGUGUCCUGCUCCUUGAAAGCAGCAGCUCUAUACUUUAGCUCAGUGCAGAUGUUGCCUGUAAUCCAUGGCUUCUGGUUGGGGUACGUACGGUCACUGUGGGGACGACUUCGUUGAUGCACUUAUUAAUGAAGCCGGUGACUGAUGUGGUAAACUCCUCAAUGUUAUCGGAUGAAUCCUGGAACAUAUAUAAUUUUUUUAUUUUACCUUUAUUUAACUAGGCAAGUCAGUUAAGAACAAAUUCUUAUUUACAGUGACGGCCUACACCAGCCAAACCCGGACGACGCUGGGCCAAUUGUGCGCCGCCCUAUGGGACUCCCAAUCACGUCCGGUUGUGAUACAGCCUGGAAUCAAACCAGGGGUCUGUAGUGACGCCUCAAGCACUGAGAUGCAAUGCCUUAGACCACUGCGCCACUCGGGAGCGUCAUAUUCCAAUCUGUGCUAAUGAAAAAGUCCUGUAGCUUAGCAUCUGCUUCAACGGACCACUUCCUGUUUGAGUUUUUGCUUGUAAGCAGGAAGCAGGAGGGUAGAGUUAUGGUCUGAUUUGCCUAAGGGAGGGCGAGGGAGGGCCUUGUAUGCAUUUCUGUGUGUGGAAUAACGGUGAUCUAGAGUUUUGUCACCUCUUGUUGCACAGGUGACAUAAUGGUAAAAAUGAGGUAGGGGUGCAAUGUGUGUGUGCGUGCGUGUGCAUGUUUGCGCUGUCAGAGAUGACUUUAAACCAUGAUUGCACUCCUUCCCUUCAAGCUAUGUGUUCGGCGCAACGGAAACAAACAACAAUUAUUGUCAGGACUGUGUCGGAGAAAGGGAGAGCAGAGCAGGUUUUUCUUUGGUUCAACUGAACAUGAGAAAAUAAACUGUGAGGAUAUGAGACAGACAGUGGCAAGGAAUCAACACACUGCUUUAACCUUCACCGACCUCAACUUAAUGGUGUUUGUUCUCUUUUUAUUUUUUCUCUUCCAGACUCUUUCGUCAAUAGCCAGGAGUGGACAUUGAGUCGAUCAGUGCCAGAGCUCAAAGUGGUGAGUAGUAUUCAUGAGUAUUCAUCAUAACUUCAGGCCAUAUUAUUCUUCUGGCAUUGGCACUGCAAAAGUAUUGAUUUAAAUGUCAAUGCCGGGCCAUGCUAUAUGCAUUUCAAAAACAUUUCCUCUCAUUCUGCAUGACAGAGAGAGAGUAGAGUAAAGAAAUUGGCUGGAAUAUUCCCUGGCACCAAGCAAGAGUGUGGGUGAUUUUUAAUGAGAUAAGUUGGCAUGGUGAUGCGGAGCGCAGAGUGGCUUGCAGCAGGACAGAGAGAUGAGUGACAGUUUUGGGCUAGAUGGGUGACACGUCCUGGGUCUGAUCCACCCGCUGGCACAACUGCUUGCACACGCGCACGCACACACACGUCCUCACAGGAAGAAGGGAAUGCUUCACUCACAUCAUCAAUAGGGAUAUUACCACAAAAACACAUUCCAUUCCACCAUUCUGGUGGUAAAUACUGAAGUAUUCAUAGUAUUUUGGUAUUUUAUGAAAAACAUAUUGGCAUAAUCCUAUGGGGAAUCUGACAGAAAAUGAUGUUCUCUCAGAGGGACACUUUUAUGAAGAACAUACUUUCUAAGCAGGGAUAAUUUGAUAGAGCUCAUCGUCUUUUAUGUAGUGUUAGGUGUUAAUUGGAAAAUUCCUCCACACAUUUCAGGGGUUUAGUGAACUGAUGCUGGAUUCAGCAGGGAAGAGUCGAGGACUGUCAGAGAAGGGACGGAUAACUUCCAUUUCUUCCACAGUUCUAUAUGACAGUAUUGUACAGAAGGAGUUUAUUCAUAUAUUAUGGUCCCCAAAAGCACAGGCAGAUGUUAUCGUUUCAACAAUUGGCAAUUGCACUCAUGAGGAGAUGAGCUGAUACUGUAUAGUACUGUCUUCCCAAAACAUCUAAUUGAACCCUGCUGGACCUUGAUAAUGAACCAUAGACUGAUCCUUAAAAAAGGCUGUAGUGAGAUUUCCACACACUGUGCCCGCUCUGCUUUCAUCUGCCUGAACUAUGCUCAUACAGCAGCCUUACUUAAUGAUGGGCCUACAACCCAGCAGCUUACAAAGCUUUACAGUUCUAACAUAAAUUCUGCUCAUUUUGUAGUUCGCUUCUGUUAUGAGUAGCUCCUAGCUUGUUAUUCUUCUGUGGUGGAUAUACUACUACUCCUUGUCCUCUCCAAAGCCAACUUCCUCCUUAUUUAGAUUGUAAGUGCAAGGAGGCGGAUGGGAGGAGAGGACGAGGAGAGGAGAGGAGAGGAGAGGAGAGGAGAGGGAGGAGGAGCAGGAGAAGGAGAGGAAGAGGAGAGGAGAGGAGAGGAGAGGUAGCAUCAUCUCUUAAAGAUCCUGUACACACACACACACGUCUCGCUCACAGUCCCCUAUAAUUAAAACCAUACCUGACUUUACCACCCACUAAUGAUCUAAAGAAGAGGGUGGUGAAGGAGGAUUGGGGGGUUGAGUAGGGGAGGAGGGUGUGUUGGAGGAUUGGGGGGUUGAGUAGGGGAGGAGGGUGUGUUGGAGGAUUGGGGGGUUGAGUAGGGGAGGAGGGUGUGUUGGAGGAUUGGGGAGGAGGGUGUGUUGGAGGAUUGGGGGGUUGAGUAGGGGAGGAGGGUGUGUUGGAGGAGCCUUUGUUCUCCCCCAGACACACUGGCAUUGUCAGCCAUGUGAUGUCCUUGACUGAACUGUCAUCUUGUUGUUUCUGCAGGGUAUUGUGGGUAAUCUGUCAAGUGGGAAGUCGGCCCUGGUCCACCGGUACCUGACAGGCACAUACGUGCAGGAGGAAUCCCCUGAAGGUAAGAGACAGAGCUUGCUGCUGUUUAGGAAAAAAAACCUGAGGGAGGAGAGGUGUCACACGUUCUAAAGAGCUAAAAGGUUGUCGACUCUAGAGGGUCUUGUCAGUCAACACAUGAACACAUCACUUCUAGCUGUGAUGGUAUCUUGCUAAUCUACUCCAUCUACUGGCCCUGCUGCGUCAUACAUGUAAAUGUCAUUUGAGAUCUUUAUAAAAAUGUAUAAAGGAUUUCUAAGUAUUUCUAAAAAUGUAUACGCAUUUAUAAAGGCUUAUAAAGUAUUUUAAUGUGUUACCAGAUUAUUGGCUGUUCAAAACCUGUUGAAAUACCACCUGGAAUGCAGUGGAGGCUGGAAAUAGGAGCUAUAGGAGGACAUGCUCAUUGUAAUGGCUGUAAUGGAAUGGAGUCAAACACGUUGUUUCCAUGUGUUUGAUGUGUGUCUUUAUUUUUUAUUUUUUUUGUGGGUAGAUCAGCUUUAAUACUGUAGAUAGAUUGUAACUUCCAUCAAUGUAAUUGUCUGCAUCACUUCCAAUCCCCCAUAUCUUUUAUUUUUAUUUCUCGCAUAUAUAUAUAUAUAUAUAUAUAUGUAUAUAUAUGUAUAUGUAUAUAUGUAUAUAUAUAUGUAUAUGUAUGUAUAUAUACACUGCUCAAAAAAAUUAAGGGAACACUAAAAUAACACAUCCUAGAUCUGAAUGAAUGAAAUAAUCUUAUUAAAUACUUUUUUCUUUACAUAGUUGAAUGUGCUGACAACAAAAUCACACAAAAAUUAUCAAUGGAAAUCAAAUGUAACAACCCAUGGAGGUCUGGAUUUGGAGUCACCCUCAAAAUUAAAGUGGAAAACCACACUACAGGCUGAUCCAACUUUGAUGUAAUGUCCUUAAAACAAGUCAAAAUGAGGCUCAGUAGUGUGUGUGGCCUCCACGUGCCUGUAUGACCUCCCUACAACACCUGGGCAUGCUCCUGAUGAGGUGGCGGAUGGUCUCCUGAGGGAUCUCCUCCCAGACCUGGACUAAAGCAUCCGCCAACUCCUGGACAGUCUGUGGUGCAACGUGGCGUUGGUGGAUGGAGCGAGACAUGAUGUCCCAGAUGUGCUCAAUUGGAUUCAGGUCUGGGGAACGGGCAGGCCAGUCCAUAGCAUCAAUGCCUUCCUCUUGCAGGAACUGCUGACACACUCCAGCCACAUGAGGUCUAGCAUUGUCUUGCAUUAGGAGGAACCCAGGGCCAACCGCACCAGCAUAUGGUCUCACAAGGGGUCUGAGGAUCUCAUCUCGGUACCUAAUGGCAGUCAGGCUACCUCUGGCGAGCACAUGGAGGGCUGUGCGACCCCCCAAAGAAAUGCUACCCCACACCAUGACUGACCCACCGCCAAACCGGUCAUGCUGGAGGAUGUUGCAGGCAGCAGAACGUUCUCCACGGCGUCUCCAGACUCUGUCACGUCUGUCACAUGUGCUCAGUGUGAACCUGCUUUCAUCUGUGAAGAGCACAGGGCGCCAGUGGCAAAUUUGCUAAUCUUGGUGUUCUCUGGCAAAUGCCAAACGUCCUGCACGGUGUUGGGCUGUAAGCACAACCCCCACCUGUGGACGUCGGGCCCUCAUACCACCCUCAUGGAGUCUGUUUCUGACCGUUUGAGCAGACACAUGCACAUUUGUGGCCUGCUGGAGGUCAUUUUGCAGGGCUCUGGCAGUGCUCCUCCUGCUCCUCCUUGCACAAAGGCGGAGGUAGCAGUCCUGCUGCUGGGUUGUUGCCCUCCUGCGGCCUCCUCCAUGUCUCCUGAUGUACUGGCCUGUCUCCUGAUAGCGCCUCCAUGCUCUGGACACUACGCUGACAGACACAGCAAACCUUCUUGCCACAGCUCGCAUUGAUGUGCCAUCCUGGAUGAGCUGCACUACCUGAGCCACUUGCGUGGGUUGUAGACUCCGUCUCAUGCUACCACUAGAGUGAAAGCACCACCAGCAUUCAAAAGUGACCAAAACAUCAGCCAGGAAGCAUAGGAACUGAGAAGUGGUCUGUGGUCACCACCUGCAAAACCAGUCCUUUAUUGGGGGUGUCUUGCUAAUUGCCUAUAAUUUCCACCUGUUGUCUAUUCCAUUUGCACAACAGCAUGUGACAUUUAUUGUCAAUCAGUGUUGCUUCCUAAGUGGACAGUUUGAUUUCACAGAAGUGUGAUUGACUUGGAGUUACAUUGUGUUGUUUAAGUGUUCCCUUAAUUUUUUUGAGCAGUGUAUGUAUGUAUGUAUGUAUGUAUGUAUGUAUGUAUGUAUGUAUGUAUGUAUGUAUGUAUGUAUGUAUGUAUGUAUGUAUGUAUGUAUGUAUGUAUGUAUGUAUAUAUAUAUAUAUAUAUGUUUGAUGUGUUUGGUACCAUUCCAUUGAUUCCAUUCCAGCCAUUACAAUGAGCCCAUCCUCCUAUAGCUCAUCCCACCAGCCUCCUCUGCUGGAAUGAUAAGUUAGCAAGCCAGUCUGUAUUUGGGUUUAAGUUAUUCUAGCUGGGGAUAGAUACUGGCAUAAAGUACAAUGACAGGGCUUGAUGGUGACCGUAGGCUGUAUACAAACUAAAUUCAUAAUUAGCAGUUAGGUUGAGUGUGUUCCACUUAGUAUAUAAAGAGAAACCUGCAUUAUCUUCGCUUAUCAUCAUUAACAGCUAGUCUUUGAAGCCAGGUGUGUUUUCUGUUUCUGUUGUUGUUAUUGUUUUGUAUCAGUCAACGCAGUGUCAGAUUUAUGUCAAGCCCAAGGAUGUGCUCGGAGAUAAUUGGCUUUUUAUCCAUUUGUUCCAUUUCCAACUGCCAAACUGAGUAGAAAAGACAAUGACAGCUAGAGCAAAGCAUCUCCCGUGAAAGAGAGAGGGCUGCUGUUUUGGAAUGCUAAUUCCCAACAAAUCAAGGUCAAACUUAAACCUGGGCUUAAAGCACCAAAUCCUACUAAAAUCCUUCAUUUCAAAGCAAAAGGGGAUUGCAGUUGCUGCAAUGAACAUAAACAGUUUCUGCUUUGGGAGCUCUGAGGCUCUGAAGCACUGAACGAGAGGGCAUAGCUCAGUGAGAAGGUAUAUUUAUUUCCACAGGGGCCUGUUCCAGAGAUUUCCACUGUGACUUCACAGAAUCACAACUGAACAAUUCUCCAUUUUGAUUAUCAGGCGGAAUCCUUAAUGAGUUCGGCCCUGCUGAAUUUAGAAGCGAAGGCUCUCCGAAACCCACAAAGAUGUUGUCAUAGCUGGGGUUAAAUUACAAUCUUUGAGGGGGUUUGGAGGGUUUGUAGUGUCUGGUUUUGUAUAAUUAUAGUGAGGAGUGACAUGAGACAUGAAGCGCAUAAUGAGUUCCUGGCAUAAUGAUGCUGCUUCACCAAGGGAAAGAAACAAUCCUUACUGCUUAAUUAGGCCUAGAGAAAUCAAUGACAAAAAUGCUGGAAAGCUAAAACCUGAGUGAUGAUUUUGGGUAAUUAAGGAAACAUGUUGUUUCUUCUUAUUGCAUUUUAUACAGAUCACUGUAUCAUUUAUGUGAUACAAACAUUCCGCUUCAUCUCCCAUCAUUAACAGGUGGCAAAGGGUCUCCUUUUAGUCUCAUUCCUAGCACGUUGCUGAGCCCAAAUAGAAACUAUAGCUACUCUGUAGACUGAAAGAGGCUACCUCGCUUCUAAGGAGAGUAGUGUUUUCUGUUUGGUCCAUACCAUUCAUUCACCCAGCAGCUCUACUCUUCAUUUUUUAUUCUACUAUGUUGCUAGUUGCAUCUGUAAAAGGCUAGUACCAGGGAUGAGGAGGGAGGUGUUGCCAUGGCAACAGUGGAACGGGCUCUGUUGGAAUUGUGGCUCCGUGUCAAGGUCUCUGAGCCUCCAUGUUCCAUUCUAGAGCUGAAUAUGUUUACUACCUGUUAACCAAGCCCAAAAAUACAGCUCCAGUCUCAAAACGUGUGUGUGUGUGUGUGUGUGUGUGUGUGUGUGUGUGUGUGUGUGUGUGUGUGUGUGUGUGUGUGUGUGUGUGUGUGUGUGUGUGUGUGUGUGUUAGACUCAUCUGUAUGUAUAAGCUGGACAACAGGUUGAUAGAAAAGCUAUAACCACUAUUCAUUAGCCACAUCCAACCAAAAUCAUUAUACAUUAUUGCUUGCCUACCCUAAUACAGAUUGAGUAUCUCUCGUUAUCGCUCAACAAUUAGGUUAGCUUAAUUCUUUCGGCACUGAGAUUACAGUACAGAUGGAUUCUCCUCCGACCUCAGGAUCCGUUUUUGUCAAUGCUUGGUUGUGAACAGAGACACGGCCAGGAUGAUGGUGAUGUUAUGUAAUCUAAAUGUAGGCUUAUACUUGAAUGCACAUCCAUUUCAUAACAUGACAACAGAAGAUGUUAUUUGGCAUAACACUCAUAACAGAAUUCUGCCCCCCUAUGGAAAUCAAAUGCCCGUCCAACUGAUUCGUUCUGGCACCGGCCCUGCUUCAGUGGAGGAAAGUCUGGCUUGGCUUCUGUGAUUCUCUCUGUCUCUCUCUCUCUGUCUUUCUCUCUCUCUGACUAUUACACAACCCAACUGAUGUCUGGUAGAAUCCCCCUUCGCCAAGUGGGCUAAAGUGGACUUAAUGGGGAGAAAGUGUGGCUCAAGUGGAUCUUUAUUGCAUGUUGGCCCUAGCUAGAACACUGCCUACUUAGUCUUAGAAGACUGCAGGCAGAGCCAGUCGCUGUGUCCUCACUUGCUUUUUUGCAGAGAUGGGAUCUUGUCAGUUGGAAAGUUCUAAAACUGUUAUGAACUCCACAUAUUCUCUACAUCUUAUUACCGAUGGCUGUAACAGAUAACACGGCUGAUAAUGAAAUAUCUGGUGUUGCCGUGGCGAUAGAUAUUUUAUACCAGUUUUCUGUCUAUUUUUUCACCCUCAGCAUAUUUCUUUUUGAUAUACACUACAUGACCAAAAGUAUGUGGACCCCCUAGAUGGUAGAAUAUUCUGUGGGGACUUGCUUCCAUUCAGCCACAAGAUAAUUAGUGAGGUCGGCAUUGAUGAUGGCCGAUUAGGCCUGGUUCGCAGUCGACGUUCCAAUUCAUCCCAAAGGUGUUCAAUGGGGUUGAGGUCAGGGCUCUGUGCAGGCCAGUCAAGUUCUUCCACACCGAUCGCGACAAACCAUUUCUGUAUGGACCUUGCUUUGUGCAUGGGGGCAUUGUCAUGCUGAAACAGGAAAGGGCCUUCCCCAAACUGUUGCCACAAAGUUGGAAGCACAGACUCGUCUAGAAUGUCAUUGUAUGCUGUAGCAUUAAGAUUUCCCUUCACUGGAACUAAGGGGCCUAGCCCGAACCAUGAAAAACAGCCCCAGACCAUUAUUCCUCCUCCACCAAACUUUACAUUUGGCACUAUGCAUUGGGGCAGGUAGCGUUCUCCUGGCAUUCGCCAAACCCAGAUUCAUCCAUUGGAUAAAUAAUGGCUCCGGAGGAGAUGGCUGCCGUUUUACGGCCCCCUAUCCAAUUGUGCUAUUAUUUACAUUUUACAUUUUACAUUUUAGUCAUUUAGCAGACGCUCUUAUCCAGAGCGACUUACAGGAGCAAUUAGGGUUAAGUGCCUUGCUCAAGGGCACAUUAACGUCAUUUAGCAGACGCUCUUAGCCAGAGCGACUCACAAAUUGGUGCGUUCACCCUAUAGCACAGGCAGGGAGGCCAGCCAACAGCGAGUUGCAGUAGUCCAGACGGGAGAUGACAAGUGCCUGGAUUAGGACCUGUGCCGCUUCCUGUGUAAGGCAGGGUCGUACUCUCCGAAUGUUGUAGAGCAUGAACCUGCAGGAGCGGGUCACCGCCUUGAUGUUGGCGGAGAACGACAGGGUGUUGUCCAGGGUCACGCCUAGGCUCUUCGCACUCUGGGAGGAGGACACAGCGGAGUUGUCAACCGUGAUGGCGAGAUCAUGGAACGGGCAGUCCUUCCCCGGGAGGAAGAGCAGCUCCGUCUUGCCAGGGUUCAGCUUGAGGUGGUGAUCCGUCAUCCAUACUGAUAUGUCUGCCAGACAUGCAGAGAUGCGAUUCGCCACCUGGUUAUCAGAAGGGGGAAAGGAGAAGAUUAGUUGUGUAUCGUCAGCGUAGCAAUGAUAGGAAAGGCCAUGUGAGGAUAUGACAGAGCCAAGUGACUUGGUGUAUAGGGAGAAAAGGAGAGGGCCUAGAACUGAGCCCUGGGGGACACCAGUGGUGAGAGCACGUGCUGCAAUGCCUGGGGGGGGGGAUUCAGGAGGGAGGAAAAUGUGGCAAAGAGCUUCCUAGGGUUAGAGGCAGAUGCUUGGAAUUUAGAGUGGUAGAAGGUGGCCUUAGCAGCAGAAACAGAUGAAGAAAAUGUAGAGAGGAGGGAGUGAAAAGAUGCCAGGUCGGCAGGGAGUUUAGUUUUCUUCCAUUUCCGCUCCGCUGCCCGGAGCUCUGUUCUGUGAGCUCGCAAUGAGUCAUCAAGCCACGGAGCUGGAGGGGAGGACCGAGCCGGCCGGGAGGAUAGGGGACACAGAGAGUCAAAGGAUGCAGAAAGGGAGGAGAGGAGGGUUGAGGAGGCAGAAUCAGGAGAUUGGAGGGAGAAGGAUUGAGCAGAGGGAAGAGAUGAUAGGAUGGAAGAGGAGAGAGUAGUGGGAGAGAGAGCGAAGGUUGCGGCGGCGCAUUACCAUCUGUGUAGGGGCAGAGUGAGUAGUGUGGGAGGAGAGCGAGAGAGAAAAGGAAACAAAGUAGUGGUCGGAGACAUGGAGGGGAGUUGCAGUGAGAUUAGUAGAGGAGCAGCAUCUAGUGAAGAUGAGGUCAAGCGUAUUGCCUGCCUUGUGAGUAGGGGGGGACGGUGAGAGGGUGAGGUCAAAAGAGGAGAGGAGUGGAAAGAAGGAGGCAGAGAGAAAUGAGUCAAAUGUGGACAUAGGGAGGUUGAAAUCCCCCAAAACUGUGAGGGGUGAGCCAUCCUCAGGGAAGGAACUUAUCAAGGCGUCAAGCUCAUUGAUGAACUCUCCAAGGGAACCUGGAGGGCGAUAGAUGACAAGGAUAUUAAGCUUAAAUGGGCUAGUGACUGUGACAGCAUGGAAUUCAAAUGAGGAGAUAGACAGAUGGGUUAGGGGAAAAAUUGAGAAUGUCCACUUGGGAGAGAUGAGGAUUCCUGUACCACCACCCCUCUGACCAGAUGCUCUCGGGGUAUGCGAGAACACAUGGUCAGACGAGGAGAGAGCAGUAGGAGUAGCAGUGUUUUCAGUGGUGAUCCAUGUUUCCGUCAGCGCCAGGAAGUCGAGGGACUGGAGGUUGGCAUAGGCUGGGAUGAAGUCAGCUUUGUUGGCAGCAGAACGGCAGUUCCAGAGGCUGCCUGCGACCUGGAACUCCACGUGGGUGGUGCGUGCAGGGACCACCAGGUUAGAGAGGCAGCAGCCACGCGGUGUGGUGCGUUUGUGUAGCCUGUGCAGAGAGGAGAGAACAGGGAUAGGCAGAGGCAUAGUUGACAGGCUGUAGCAAAUGGCUACAAAAAUGCAGAGGAGAUCGGAAUGAAAUGAGCUAAGCAUCUGGGAGAGGAGAGAGCAGGGCCUCCCUCACCAAAAACUUCUACCUCAGAAACUAAAAUUGUUUCACUGAACCACCCGAACAAAAAACUCUCCCAACUUCCACCUUUAGAAAUCAGAAUUGUUGUGAACCACAGCGGUUCAAUGUUUAAAGGAAUAGACUCAACCCACUUUAUUCAGCUAGCUAACUAUGACACCAUAGCUAACUAGCAAGCUAGCAUCCAAUAACAAUAACACACCGUUUAGCACCAACACUUGGUCACAACAAACCACCAAUAGUGUGAUAACACACUAAACAGAUCAUUCGUGUCUGUGUCAAGUUCCUUUCAUGACGCAGCAAUGAUUAGACGUUGGCUAGCUAGGACAAGUAUAUUGUAUUUAGCUACUACCGUACAGUUAGCUGGUCGUGUUGGGUAGCUAGCAAUGGCCACUGUGUUGACUUUGUUUGAAGAACGGCUAGCUAGCUAGCUUCGUGCUACACCCGGCACACAAUGGCUAUUGUGUUGACUCUGACUCUGUUCGAAAAAACGGCUAGGUAGCUCGCUUCGUGCUACAGCCGGCACGGCCGAAGACACUGCCAAGACACAGUAACUACCCACAACAACCCACGAUGCCUAGCUAUGACGCCGUAGCUAACUAGCAAGCUAGCAUCCAUUAACACACAAUUUAGCACCAAUACUUGGUUACAACAAACUGCCAAGAGUGUGUUAGCACACUAAACAGAUAAUUCAUGUCCGUGUCUAGUUCCUUUCAUAACGCAUAACGCAGCAAAAAAUUAAACGUUGGCUAGCAGCACAUUAACAUUGGAAACAGCUCUCCAGCGUUGCUAAACGUUACCAGUAGCUACCCGCUAGCUAGCUAGCCUCGUGCUUCGAUACUAACCUACAAUUACCUACGGAAACCUACAAUAACAACAAUACUAACCUAUAAUAAAUACAAUACCUAACUACAGCUAACUACCUUGUAAUUUAUUCUGUACAUAAUGUUUCUGCCACCGUCUAUUAUGACCAAAAAUAACUUCUGGAUAUCAGGACAGUGAUUACUCAUCUCGUACUGGACUAAGAAUUUUUCUUCAACGAGUCGGACGCGAAGGAUAUUCUACAGACACCCGACAAGGCCCAAAUCCCUGUCAUUCGCUUGAGAAAGAGACAGAGAUAUCGUGGACGUAGGUCGGGGUGCCUUGUAAGGAUCCGACGGCGAGCGAGUACUCUGCCUCUACCAUCAGUCCAACUAGCCAACGUACAAUCAUUUGAAAACAAAAUAGACGACCUACGAUCACGGAUAUCCUACCAACGGGACAUUAAAAACUGUACCAGUGACUCGGUUAAUAAGGAAGUGGUCAGAUGACGCAGAUACUAAGCUACAGGACUGUUUUGCUAGCACAGACUGGAAUAUGUUCCGGGAUUCUUCCGAUGGCAUUGAGGAGUACACCACAUCAGUCACUGGCUUCAUGUCACGACUUCCUCCGAAGCUGCCUCCUCUCCUUGUUCGGGCAGGCUUCGGCGUUCGUCGUCACCGGACUUCUAGCCACUGCCGAUCCUCUUCUCAUCAUUCCAUUUGUUUUGUCUUGUUUUUUACACACAUAUCCCCUCAUCAGUCCCUGUAUAAGUAUUCCCUCUGCCCCCCAUGUCUUUGUGUGUGAUUGUUUCCAUGUGGAGGUGUUGAUAGCUCAGUGGAACAUUAUGUACUUUAUCGCCGGGAUAUUCACCCGUGUGUUUUGUUUACCCCAGUGUGCCGUUAAGUCACACUGUAGGUGUUUUACGCAUUGCUGCGAACCGCUGUAUUAGCCGAAUAAACCUUUUAUUCUGUGAUUUAUACCUCCUGCGCCUGACUCCGUCCAAAUCACCCGCUACAGAAUCACACACCCAACAGCAUGGAGGCAGCAGGAGCGGGGAAUAUGCCUGGAGUCUUUGAGCGGGUCCGGGAGCAUUCCAACAUGUUAGCCAGCUUGGGUGAAGUGAUGGAUCGGGUUCUCCAGGCCGUCCAGCGCCUGGAGAGGAGAGGACCCGACCCUGCGGAACCAGCUGAGCGACCGGAUCCAGCCACCCACACCCCAGCACCCAGAGGUAUUCACCUGUCUCGACUGAGGGAAUACGACGGCACAGCGGCCCGCUGCUAGUGUUUCCUCCUGCAGCUGGACCUCUAUUUCACCACCAUCAGCCCUGCUCCAUCGGAUCGGGAGAAGGUGUCCGCCCUCAUCUCCUGCCUCUCAGGGAAAGCCCUGGAGUGGGCCAACGCAGUCUGGAGUGAAGGAGGAGACGUGUUGGACAACUAUGGAGAGUUCGCUCGCCUCUUCCGGGCAGUCUUCGAUCAUUCCCCCGAAGGAAGAGAGGCGGGUGAGCGUCUGGUCCGUCGACCACUUUCGAUGCAGCCUGCAUGAGGACGUCCGAAUGGAGCUAGUCUGCCGGGAUACCACGUUGACCUUCAACCAACUGGUGGACAUGGCCAUCCGGUUGGAUACCUGCUGGCUUCGAGAGGACAUCCUGGAAGGGGCCUGCCCGUUUCACACCCCUUCAAUCCGGAUCACGUUUCGAUGGAGCUGGGUGGUGCAGCGAUCCGGGAGAACGGAGGACGACAGAUCCAGUGUCACUCUUGUGGCAAGAGAGGACAUUCUGCUGCACGAUGUCGUCAGAGUUCUUCUGGUUCUGGAGGCGGCAGGCAGGGCACUCUCGCAUCACCCCAGGUAGCGCAAACCCACACUUGUUCAGAGCCCUCUGCUGUGCCUUUCAGCUGCGCAUUUCACCAUCCACGUCAACUUCCCUGAUUACACGGUAGCUCCCCAGUGUAAGGCGCUGGUAGAUUCAGGCGCAGCUGGGAACUUUAUGGACAGGUCUUUAGCUCUUAGUCUACAUAUUACAUUGGUACAUCCAUUCCAUUGCCCAUCAAAGCACUUGACAGUCGACCAUUAGGGUCAGGUUUUGUUGGGGAGGUUACAGCACCAGUCACCAUGAUUACGCAGGAGACCCAUAGGGAGCAAAUCACCUUUCAUAUUAUUGAGUCCCCUGAUUUCCCUGUUGUGUUGGGCCUUCCCUGGCCUUUUCAUGGCCGCAGAGGGUUCUCAUGGGGUGGUCGCGAGAGUGUCAGGGUAGGUGUCUAGCUGUUUCCGUUGUGUGACCAUGGUGGAAAGUCCAGACACUACCUCCACCGUGCGCAUUCCCCCGAAUACCUUGACUUGGCGCACGUGUUUUCCAAAACGCAGUCGACCAACUUACCAUCCCAUCGGGCAGGGUAUUGCGCGAUAAACCUCCGGUUAGACGCUGUGUCUCCCAGGAGUUACGUAUAUCCCCUGUCGCAGGCUAAAACGGAGGCUAUGGAGACAUGGCUGUUGUCAGAGCCCUGACUGUGUGGAGGCACUGGCUCGAGGGGGUGAAACACCCUUUCCUCGUCUGGACUGACCACCGUAACCUGGAGUACAUCCGGGCAGCGAGGAGGCUUUACCCUCGCCAGGCCAGGUGGGCCUUGUUCUUCACCUGGUUUGUGGCACCGGUGGUGUUGGCGGUGGAUGUGGACAAGAGCGGGCGUUAUGCACAGAGCCAUCUCCACCUCAGUGCCCAGCUGGGCUGCGGUACGUUCCGUCUAGUGUCCUUGAUCGUCUUAUCUAUUGGGCACACACGUCCACCUCCUCUGGUCAUCUAGGCAUCGGCCGUACAGUGCACUGCCUGACCGGGAAGAACCGCCUCCUUUCUUUGCCCGGUCUCCCCACGGCCCUGCAGACUGCGGAAGCCCUGUUUACUCACGUCUUCCGGCACUACGGGUGCCAGAGGACAUAGUGUCUGACCGGGGUCCCCAGUUUACGUAUAGAAUCUGGAAGGUGAUCAUGGAACGUCUGGGGGUCUCGGUCAGCCUGACCUCUGGGUUUCACCCUGAAUCUAUUGGGCAGGUGGAACUUGUAAAUCAGGAUGUGGGUAGGUUCCUGCGGUCCUACUGCCAGGACCGGCCCGGGGGAGUGGUCGGUGUUCUUGCCAUGGGCCAAAUAUGCCCAGAACUCUCUCCGCCACUCCUCCACUAACCUAUCACCAUUUCAAUAUGUUUUAGGGUAUCAGCCGGUCCUGGCACUGUGGCAUCAGAGCCAGACCGAAGCUCCUGCGGUGGACGACUGGUUUCGGCCCGCGGAGGAGAUGUGAAAUGCCGCCCACGUCCACCUCCAGUGCGCCGUGCAUUGCCAGAAAGCCAACGCUGACCGCCACCGCAGUGAGGCCCCAGUCUUUGUACCGGGUGAUCGGGUCUGGCUCUCGACCCGGAAUCUUCCCCUCUGCCUGCCCUGCCGGAAGCUGAGCCCACGGUUUGUGGGGCCGUUCAAAGUCCUGAGGAGAGUUAACGAGGUUAAGUAUAGGUUGCUGCUCCCUCCUGAUUACCGUAUUAACCCCUCAUUUCACGUAUCUCUCUUCAGGCCAGUGGUGGCUGGUCCGCUCCAGGAGUCUGAGGUGCGGGAGCUCCCUCCGCCCCCUCUGGACAUUAUUGCUGUGAAACGCUGUAUUGACCGAAUUAACCAUUAUUCUGUGAUUUACACCUCCUGCACCUGACUCCGUCCAAAUCAUCCGCUACACUUCAACAAUAAGUGCAUCGAUGACGUCGUCCCCACAGUGACUUACAUACAUACCCGAACCAGAAGCCAUGGAUUUCAGUCAACAUCCGCACUGAGCUAAAGGGUAGAGCUGCCGCUUUCAAGGAGCGGGACUCUUAACCCGGACGCUUAUAUGAAAUCCCGCUAUGCCCUCAGACGAACCAUCAAACAGGCAAAGAGUCAGUACAGGACUAACAUUGAAUCGUACUACACCGGCUCCGUCGGAUGUGGCAGGGCUUGCAAACUAUUACAGACUACAAAGGGAAGCACAGCCGCGUGCUGCCCAGUGACACGAGCCUACCAGAUGAGCUAAAUCACUUCUAUGUUCACUUCGAGGCAAGCAACACUGAAGCAUGCAUGAGAGCAUCAGCUGUUCCUGAUGACUAUGUGAUCAUGCUCUCCGUAGCCGAUGUGAGUAAGACUUUUAAGCAGGUCAACGUUCACAAGGCCGCAGGACCAGACGGAUUACCAGGACGCGUACUCAGAGCAUGCGCUGACAACUGGCAAGUGUCUUCACUGACAUUUUCAACAUGUCCCUGACUGAGUCUGUAAUACCAACAUGUUUCAAGCAGACCACCAUAGUCCCUGUGCCCAAGAACACUACGAUAACCUGCCUAAAUGACUAUUAACCCGCAGCACCCUAGACCCACUCCAAUUUGUAUACUGCCCCAACAGAUCCACAGAUGAUGCAAUCUCUAUUGCACUCCACACUACCCUUUCCCACCUGGACAAGAGAAACACCUACGUGAGAAUGCUAUUCAUUGACUACAGCUCAGCGUUCAACACCAUAGUGCCCUCAAAUCUCAUCACUAAGCUAAGGACCCUGGGACUAAACACCUCCCUCUGCAACUGGAUCCUGGACUUCCUGACGGGCCGCCCCCAGGUGGUAAGGGUACACAUCUGACACACUGAUCCUCAACACGGGGGCCCCUCAGGAAUGCGUGCUCAGUCCCCUCCUGUACUCCUGUUCACCCAUGACUGCAUGGCCAGGCACGACUCCAACACCAUCAUUAAGUUUGCCGACGACACAACAGUGGUAGGCCUGAUCACCGACAACUUUGAGACAGCCUAUAGGGAGGAGGUCAGAGACCUGGCUGAGUGGUGCCAGGAUAACAACCUCUCCCUCAACGUGAUCAAGACAAAGGAGAUGAUUGUGGACUACAGGGGAAAAAGGAGGACUGAGCAUGCCCCCAUUCUCAUCGACAGGGCUGGUGUGGAACAGGUUGAGAGCUUAAAGUUCCUUGGUGUCCACAUCACCAACAAACUAUCAUGGUCCAAACACACCAAGACAGUCGUGAAGAGGGCACGACAAAGCCUUCCCCAGGAAACUGAAAAGAUUUGGCAAGGGUCCUCAGAUCCUCAAAAAGUUCUACAGCUGCACCAUCGAAAGCAUCCUGACUGGUUGCAUCACUGCCUGGUAUGGCAACUGCUCGGCCUCCGACCGUAAAGCACUACAGAGGGUAGUGCGUACGGACCAGUACAUCACUGGGGCCAAGCUUCAGCCAUCCAGGACCUCUAUACCAGGAGGUGUCAGAGGAAGGCCCUAAAAAUUGUCCAAGCCACCCUAGUCAUAGACUGUUAUCUCUGCUACUAGGUCCAAAAGGCUUCUUAACAGUUUCUACCCCCAAGCCAUAAGACUCCUGAACAGUUAGUCAUGGCUACCCGGACUAUUUGCAUUGUCCCCCCACCCCACCCCCUCUAUUACGCUGCUACUACUCUCUGUUUAUUAUCUAUGCAUAGUCACUUUAACUCUACCCACAUGUACAUAUUUUUUACUUAUCUAUUUUUUUACUUAAAACUUAUUUUUCUUAAAACUGCAUUGUUGGUUAAGGGCUCGUAAGUAGGCAUUUCACUGUAAGGUCUACACAUGUUGUAUUCGGCGCAUGUGGCAAAUAACAUUUGAUUUGAUUUGACUGCCAGAUGGUGAAGCGUGAUUCAUCACUCCAGAGAACGCGUUUCCACUGCUCCAGAGUCCAAUGGCGGCGAGCUUUACACCACUCCAGCCGACGCUUGGCAUUGCACAUGGUGACUUAGGCUUGUGUGCGGUUGCUCGGCCAUGGAAACCCAUUUCAUGAAGCUCCUGACGAACAAUUAUUGUGCUGACUUUGCUUCCAGAGGCAGUUUGGAACUUGGUAGUGAGUGUUGCAACUGAGAACAGACUAUUUUUAUGUGCUACGCGCUUCAGCACUCGGCGGUCCCGUUCUGUGAGUUUGUGUGGCCUACCACUUCGCGGCUGAGCCGUUGUUGCUCCUAGAUGUUUCCACUUCACCAUAACAGCACUUACAGUUGACCGGGGCAGGUCUAGCAGGGCAGAAGUUUGACGAACUGACUUGUUGGAAAGGUGGCAUCCUUUGACGGUUCCACGUUGAAAGUCACUGAGCUCUUCAGUAAGGCCAUUCUACUGCCAAUGUUUGUCUAUGGAGAUUGCAUGGCAGUGUGCUCGAUUUUAUACACCUGUCACAAAUGGGUGUGGCUGAAAUAGCCGAAUCCACUAAUUUGAAGGGUUGUCCACAUACUUUUGUAUAUACUGUAUAGUGUACUUUAUUAUGCCCACUCUUACACCUAUCAUGGAGUCGUAUAUUAUCCAGUAUUGUUUGAGAUAGCUUGAUGCAGAUGUUCUGCAUUCUAAAAGCAAUGUUUUAUUUUCCUGGGACGCGUCUCUUGCCUAGCUCCCCAACUCUCAUUUGAAUAUUUUUAAUCUCCACCGGAUCUCAAACCAUUCCAAUUAUAUGCAAAAUCCAAUUUAUUGUGAGGUAUUCCCAUUGGUCUGUAUUUUAUCUGUAGCCAACUUUGCCAGUGGCAAAGAAUACGAACAUGCAUUCAAAGAGAUGAGGGGGAAAAAGUCAAGGCUCACUAUAGUAGUUAUCAUUCUACUGUAUAGCUUCUCUAGUCUCCACUAUCCUGUGGUCAUGAACUACAGCAACUUUAGACUUCUCUCUUUUCUUCUCCUUUUAUCUUCCCCCCCCCCCCCUUCCCUCUCCCCUCUCUCUAUCGCAGGCUCCAGUCUUCCUUACAGAAUCUGAAAAUACAUUAUAUGACUGGUUGACUGCUGUGUUGACUGCUGUGCUGGUUAAUACACUAGCACGCUAACUUAUAGCUUGUGGAGUUUUGCAAGUGAUGGAAACAGAUCUCUCUAGGCUAGCUGGUGAUUGUGAAGUGAAUUUGGGAGGGAGGGGGGGGGGGGGGGGGUAAAUUACCAGGAUCUCUCAGCUGUUGUGUGCAAUUUCCCACCCUGGUAAUUGACUCCAUAGAGAUCCUGUUUUCUCCUCUAACUUCUGAUUUCUCAUUGAGACAGCGAGGCCAAAUCGAACUGAAGCCUAUCACAAUCCAGAUGGAUGUCUCCAAACUUUCAUCAAAACUUUCAGAAUGGGAAGUCAUCUAAAUGUGUAUGUGAUGUAUGAAAAUGGGAAGGCCUAAAUCUGACUCAUGCCUAGUCCUACUGGUGUGUGUUCGUGAAACAUAUUGGUUUUAAUGUUUAGUUUUGGUGAUUUAGCUGUAGCUUAACCAAACACGUUUUGAUUGACAGGUAGUAGAUAGAGGAGCAUGUCAGUGCUUUACACCCUUUUAGGCCUGAGUUUAUGCCCUGUUCAUCACUUUGCCAAGCCCUUCAAUAGGCAGGGUAAAGCAGAUCGGUUCACAUUGGCUGUAUUAAUAAUGAUGAUCUCUAAGUAUGUUCUAGACCAAGCACCACCAUGUAAACUCACAGUGACAUGUCUCUCCUCUUUCUCAGGUGGUCGGUUCAAGAAGGAGAUGGUGGUUGAUGGACAGAGCUACCUGCUGCUUAUCAGAGAUGAGGGAGGCCCCCCGGAGCUGCAGGUACGCACGCUCAGCUUGCUUUCUAAUCCUACCUGUCUGCAUCCCUCAGCACAGCUAAUUAAUUCCACUUAAAUUCUGCAAGAUAACGAUAACCAGACAGGAACUAAUAAACACUACUCUGUUGGGUGUUCAUUUCAGUGCUGCACAACGCUCCCAUUCUCAGCAGUGCUUCACAGUGCUUUUUGUAAAGUAAUUGUGCCCAAAGCACUUAUCAAGAACCUAGCUAAAAGCCAGUUUAUAGUGAAAAGACAAGAGAGACACACUCUUGUUAAUAUAGAGCACCUAGCAGUGUAGUUGGUGUGGAGCAGUAACAGUUGAGAUGGAGUCAUUAGAUCAGGUAUUUAUUUACAGUGCAGGUGAUGGAGGGAAGAUUAGGUCCAGAGGGAGUAUUUACAUCAAAUAUACAGAUGAUGAACAAUAAUUGACAAAAAUACAUGGUUGAAAAACAAUGAACUAACUUGGCCAAUACUGCAAUAACUCGACUGGAGUACAAAGGCAAAAGCGCCUUAAACUCUGAGCAAAAACGCCCAUGAACUCGCACUCUCAUUGGUAUGGACUGGAGGGAACAGGAGCCCAUAUCUCUGCCUCCUCCAUUUCAUAAAUGUGUCUCUAAUGCCAGGUACUCAUUCAGUGAUAUGGGGAACAUGGUACGGUGUCGCUCUUAGCUGAGCCAUUUCAUGUCUCUUUGGAGAAGGCCUCAUUUUCCUCUUUUUUUUGAAUGUCUCUGGAGAGGCCUUGGAGUGAAAGUAUCCUGGCGCUCCAACCCCUCCAUUGGGGAUUUGUGAUGAUGAAACAGUCAUUGAUACCUGCCUGGCCUGGCCUGGCUGGCUCAUGGGUAGAGUUAUGCUAUGAAUAUGCUAAUGUUGCUCCCAGUCCCAGAGAUGGGAAUGAAAAUGGCUGUAGCUCCGUUUCUAGCUGGGUGUAAUUAGUGCAGCAUAAUUAAAGGCCUUCAUUACAUUCUCACUCACUGGAGGCUCAACUGAACGCUAGAUCUCCCCAUCCAUUCUAGACCUGGGUUCAAAUACUAUUCAUCUUCCAUAAUAUGUUUAGUGUUUGCUGUAUAGAGUUUUUAUGGUGUUUACCCAGCUAACAAUUCUAGGAAGAGAGAACAUUUUUGUAAUGUUAACCGCAAUGUUCCCCUAAUGUUUGAGUGUCCAGUUUUCCGUUAGUUAGGGGAACAUUCUAUCUAUGUUAGCAAAAACCUUCUGAGAACCUUUUUAGCAUGUUUUGGCGUUAAAGUUAGGAGAACAUUCCCUUAAUGUCAAACCAUGUUACCAUGUUCUCAGAAUAUACAAUACCAUGUUCUCAGAAUAUACAAUAUUAUUGUUCUAGACACGUUUCAUGAGACAUUGCAAGAACAUUCAUGUGUCCAGUUUUCUGAUGGUUAGGAGAAUAUACCAUCAACGUCCCACCUAGGGCUAUUGCGGUGACCAUAUUACGGCCACACCGGCAGUCAUGAGUCAUUACCGCAGUAAAAUUCUACGUGACCGUUGAGUCACGGUAAUCUCAAAACAGUAUGUGCUUUUAAAACUCACCUCACUGUGAAUGAUCAAUUUGAAGAAAGAAGUUCAACAACAGGUUGAAACUGAGUGGAAAACAUGGUCAUUGUGGAUGUUGUUUCAAAAGCCUAACACAAUGAAAUGGACAGGCUUUCAUAGGCAUAGGCCUAUAUAUGAGCCCAAGCCCCCCCCCCCCCCCCCCCCCCCCCCCCAAAUUUAAAAAUAAAUAAAUAAACGUAAUUAAAAUAAUGAUUGUGACAUUAUACAAUACAUAGCCUACCGCAUAACACACUGCAGAAAAACAUGUAAAAAAAAUACUGAUUUUAGAGAUCUUUGGUACGUAAUUGGUCUAGCCUAAAUUAUAAAAAUUCAGAGUUAGCCAACAAUUAUAGUGAAUUUGUUUUUGAUUUUGAAUAGUUUAGUAAUAGGGCAUUUAACAAAUAUUUUCAUAGUUAAUAUGAAUAUGUGGUCCUCUGUAGCUCAAUUGGUAGAGCAUGGCGCUUGUAACGCUAGGGUAGUGGGUUCGAUCCCCGGGACCACCCAUACGUAAAAAUGUAUGCACACAUGACUGUAAGUCGCUUUGGAUAAAAGUGUCUGCUAAAUGGCAUAUUAUUAUUAUUAUUAUUAUUAUAAUAGGCUGACAUGUUAUUUUUAGCUACAGAAUAUUUCACCACUGUGUUUCUAUCUCCUCCCCCUCUCCUUCAUUCCUUUCUCAGCAUGCAGAGAGAGGGGCUGUCAACAGUUUAAUGAAAUAUGUUUCAUUGUGAAAACAUGUUACUAUAGAUGUUACUGAACAGCUGCAGGAACAGGGUUGGAGAGCCCAUGGCAUACACAGUUUGGGCGGAAUAUCACCUGUCCCAGCAGCAAAGAGUAGCCUACCCGACAUAAGUGAAAAAUGUACUGGCCUCCAUUCCCUAUUCGAGUGCAUACAGAUGGCAUGUCUUUUUGUCUUGCCCCUAUUCCUGCCCAUUUGAUAAUGGGCCAUUCUAAAUCGAAACUAAUUUUACAUGUUUGUAAAGACAAGAUUCAAUUGAGAAUAGGCUGAUGGGUGAAAAUAUGAUCACUUGAUAAGAGAACAGUGUGUGCAGCCUGAAGCAAGUAAAGGAGUGCAAGCUUUUUUUGCGACUUUCUCAAAUCAUCAAUAGCCUAUAGUCGCAUCAUGCAGCCCAUAUAUCUUUUGAUUUCUAAGGCAUUCUAAGGUUUGUGUCGUUCACAACUAAAGUUGCCAAAUAACUCAAAAUCUAGCGUAUAGGAGCUGUUUCAAAUCAUCACUUUUACACUCAACAUAGCCUCUUCAUAUGCUCACACUCGCUCCGGAAUUUUGUUUUUCAGCUAAGUUCAAUUAUAUUCUUCUUACUAUAAAAUCAAAUAAUAUAAAAUAAUAGCAUGUGACUUAUAAGCAUAUCUUAUCUGCUAAAUGAACAAGCCUACAGCCUAUGGCAGGGUUCUUCAAUUCCGGUCCUGGAGGGCCGAAAACCUCUGUUUUUCAUCCUCUCCUUCUAAUCAGGGGCUAAUUCAGACCUGGGACACCAGGUGAGUGCAAUUAACUACCAGGUAGAAAUAAAAAACAGAACUGUUUCGGCCCUCCAGGACCGGAAUUGAAGAACCCUGUCCUAUGGCAUGGCGCAUAGCCAGAUAACACACAGUAGGCCAACUCAUAUUCUGUUCUUCUGAAAUACAUCUUGUUCAUAUCAUAAUGUUUCUUUAGACCAGCCUAAAAUAAAUAAUGGAUUUAUUGUGAUGGUGUAUAUUCAAUUGAUUUAUUAUACUUUUUUACAUGUAGAUGUUCCAAAGGCUUGAAUCAGCAGCUUGUAUGUGUGGAGGCUUGGAGAUGCUGCCACAGCCCUAGUCCCACCAAACAUACGAUAUUAAUGUUCUAGACACGUUUCAUGGAAACAUUGCAAGAACAUUAAUGUGUCCAGAUUUCUGUGGGUUAGGAUAAUAUUCCAUCAACUUCCCAUCAACAUUUCUGUGUAUCAGUUGUCAGGACGUUGCCUGAUGGAACCAAAUAAAUGUUCUCCAAAAAUAAAAAUGGUUUCAUUACACAUCACGCCUUGUUUCUGUUGCCAAGCCAAUCAAGGCCCUGAUUGGUAAACCACUGAUCCAUUCAUAGCUCUUUGUCUGUUGGCAAGGUUAGGGAUACUCACACACACAGUGCUUUUAACAUACAGUGUUUUCAACUUACAUAUUUGACACACUUUGACAUACAUGAUUACAUUGUGCAUGUACAUUUGUACAAUAAUUAUUAUUCAACAGUCCUCACCUGGGAUUUGAAUUCACAACCGCUUGGUUCACGGUACGCCGAUUUUCCUGCUAUGCCACCAUGUCUGUGUCAGGUAUAGGUUAAUCAUAAGAAUAUAUAUAUAUAUAUAUAUUCCAGGAAAAUGUGGCCACACACCUCUCCAAAGUGUGCACAGUUCCUAAGUAAUUACAAUGCACUUUUCUGACUCAAAAGAAGAGUCUUCAACUAUAAGGUGGUUUUUGAAAAUUAUUUUUAUACUUUUACCCUUUUUUUUGUGAUAUCCAAUUGGUAGUUACGGUCUUGUCCCAUCGCUGCAACUCCUGUACGGACUCGGGAGAAGCGAAGGUGGAGAGCCAUGCGUCCUCUGAAACACGACACUUCUUGACACACUGCCUCUUGACACACUGCUCGCUUAACACGGAAGCCAGCCGCACCAAUGUGUCGGAGGAAACACCGUACAACUGGCGACCGAAGUCAGCUUGCAGGCGCCCAGCCCGCCACAAGGAGUCGCUAGAGUGCGAUGGGACAAAGACAAGAACUGCAACUCUGCUGGGUUUUUCAACCUCAACAGUUUCCCGUGUGUAUCAAGAAUGGUCCACCACCCAAAGGACAUCCCGGACAGCCAAACCCUCCCCUAACCCGGACAACGCUGGGCCAAUUGUGACACAGCCUGGGAUCGAACCCAGGUCUGUAGUGACACCUCAAGCACUGCGAUGCAGUGCCUUAGAACGCUGUGUCACUCGGGAGGCCCUAUAAGGUGCUUUCUUGAGCUCUCCUAGCUGUGCCAUUGAGGAACUUUUUCAAGUUUCAAGUUUUAAUGUCACGUGAAGUACAGUAAAAUGCCUUUCUUGCAAGCUCCAAACCUAACAAUGCAGUAAUUAAUAUCAAUGUAGCACUAAAAAUAACAUAAGGUAGAUCAAAAACACAUGAGAAAUAGAAAUAAGAAAAACACGAAGUAAGAAGCAAUGUGCAGGGAUACUGGAGUGAUCAAAAUAGAUAUGUAUAGGGGUAAGGUGACUAGACAUCAGGAUAUACACUGAGUGUACAAAACAUUAGGAAAAUCUUCCUAAUAUUGAGUUGCACCCCUUUUGCCCCUAGAACAGCCUCAAUUCAUUGGGGCAUGGACUACAAGGUGUCAAACGUUCCACAGGGAUUCUGGCCCAUGUUGACUCCAAUGCCCCGAUAAGGUUGAAAAACCCAGCAGCGUUGCAGUUCUUGACACACUCAAACCAGUGCGCCUGGCACCUACUACCAUACUACCAAAGGCACUUCAAUUUUAUGUCUUGCCCAUUCACCCUCUGAAUGGCACACAUACACAAUCCAUGUCUCAAGGCUUAAAAAUCCUUCUUGAACCUGUCUCCUCCCCUUCAUCUACACUGAUUGAAGUGGAUUUAACAAUAAGGGAUCAUAGACUGACCAGGUGAAAGCUAUGUCAUGGAAUGUUUUGUACACUCAUUGUAUGAUAUACAGAGUAGCAGCAGCGUAAAUGGUGAGUGUGUGUGUACAUCAAAGUGGUAUUUAUUAUAAUCCUCAACAUCUUGUCUUUCAUUUUUUUAUAAUAUUUUUUUUCUUCAUUUUUGUAUUUUUCUCCAAACCAGUUGCAAACAUACACAUACACAUACGAACAACAACUUACAGACACACACAAACAACGACUACAUCUCAUCUUCCCAGACCUGCAUGCUCACACUCCCAUCCCUAGUGCCUGCAUUAUUGUUUGCCAUAAAUUGUACCAAUUCGUCUCAUCUUUCAAAAUACAUAGAUUCCUCUUAAUUUCUACCAUUUCUUUCACUCAGACAACCCAAAAUUCGUAAAAGUUGCCCAAUUAGCGGGAAGAAUGGGGGCAACUUCUUGUCGCGCGAGGUGCUGAAGUUCAGAACGUCUGUCAGUCAAAACCCAUACAGCGCUGUGAAGCGCAGAGCCAGAGCUCUGACGUUAUGUAUAGCAUGUUAAUGGACAGCCACUGGGUUCCAAUUUAGGCGUUUAUCAGUGCCCAAAUCUGCCACUUUCAACCCGUAGACGGGUACGAGUGUAAAGGGCUACUUCUAUAGAGAACUCUAUAGAAUGUUUAAAAUCUAUAACACGUGUCAUUGACAAACACAUUUUAAUUAGAUCAGAUAGGUGUGUUGUAACUGUUAACAUUAACAUACUGUAUAUUCCUAUGAAUGUGAAAGUAGGGAGACUCCCCUAGCGGGUCUCGAACCCAGGCCACCAGCAACAAUGUCAAAUGCUCUAACCACUGACCUAAUAAGGGAAUUCUCUAGGCCAUGUGCUUAUUAGGCCAGUAUAGUUAGGCCCUGUCCAGAAGAAACCCUAACCCCUCCUCUAUAGGCACUUAAAGGGGCGCAACUUUAACAUUCUGAAAUUGCAUUUUUUGUCCCCCCCAGUUUUAUUAUUGGAAUGUGAUACAAAAUGAGGCAACAGUGUGCUUUAGGACCAUGUGGACGCCUCCGAGGAGUCGGGUAGGCUGUUUGGAGUGUUUAUCUGACUGGAAAACCAAAGUUGCGCUCCUGGGCACUUAUGUAGAUGAAACAACUUGAUAGGUGUAAGCAAUAGGGUGAAUGCACUUUUAAGUAAAUCUCAGCUCUGUUAAAAGUACACUCAUGAAAAAAAAGAUUUUAUUGAUCAUAAUGUUUCAGGCAUAUCAUUAAAAAACGGGUUAACAAGCCCCACCAACAUUAGACAACUAUACAAAAAGCACUUAAAUUGCUGAAAUAAGUAAAUCAAAUCAAUGAUGAGAAUAGUCAGAUUAACCGAUCCCUGACCCAGACCUGGUUCAAAUCCCAGGUGAGGCCAUGUUGAAUAAUAAUUACUGUAUAAAUGAAAAUGUACAAUUUUAACAAUCUACAAUGAACAAAAAUAUGAAUGCAACAUGCAACUAUUUCAAUGAUUUUACUGAGUUACAGUUCAUAGAAGGAAAUCAGUCAAUUGAAAUAAAUAAAAUAGGCCCUAAUAUAUGGAUUUCAUGACUGGGCAGGGGCACAGCCAUGGGUGGGCCGGGAGGGCAUAGGCCCACCCACUUGGGAGCCAGGACUACCUUCUGGGGAGCCAGGCCCAGCCAAUCAGAAUGAGUUUUUCCCCACAAAAGGGCUUUAUUACAGACAGAUAUACUCCUCAGCACCCCCUCCCCCAAGACUAUCCCGCAGUUGAAGAAGCUGGAUGUGGAAGUCCUGGGCUGGCGUGGCUACACGUAGUCUGCGGUUGUGAGGCCGGCAUAUGGUAGAUACAUGAACAUUAAAUUAUCUGGCAACAGCUCUGUUGGACAUUCCUGCAGUCAGCAUGCCAAUUGCACACUCCCUCAAAACUUGAGACAUCUGUGGCAUUAUGUUGUGUGACAAAACUGCACAUUUUAGAGUGGCCUUUUAUUGUCCCAAGCACAAGGUACACCUGUGUAUUGAUCAUGCUGUUUAAUCAGCUUCUUGAUAUGCCACACCUGUCAGGUGGAUGGAUUGUCUUGGCAAAGGAGAAAUGCUCACUAACAGGGAUGUAAACAAAUUUGGGCACACAAUUUGAGAGAAAUAAGCUUUUUGUGCGUAUUGAAAAUGUCUGGGAUUUUUUAUUUUAGCUCAUGAAACAUGGGACCAACACUUUACAUGUUGCCUUUAUAUCUUUGUUCAGUAUAUGUCAAAGUGUGUCAAAUAUGUAAGUUGAGAACACUAUGUUAAAAGCAGUGUGUGUGAGUAUCCCUAACCUUGCCAACUGACAGAGUUAUGAAUGGACCAGUGGUUCACCAAUCAGGGCCUUGAUUGGCUUGGCAACAGUAACAAGGCGUGACGUGUAAUGUACUUUUUUUUUUUUUGUAUAACGUUUAUUUGGGACUAUCACAGAAAUGUUCCUGCAACGUUCCCAUGAAACGUGUCUUGAACAUUAAUAUCUUAUAUUCUGAGAACAUGGCAACCAUGUUCUGUGUAUGUUUAGUGUGACGUUGUUGGAAUAUUCUUCUAACCCACAAAAAACUGGACACAUGAAUGUUCUUGCAACGUUACCAUGAAACGUGUCUUGAACAUUAAUAUCUUAAAUUCUGAGAAAAUGGUAACCAGUUCUGGGUAAAUUCUAUUUGACAAGUCUCUUUGAAACGUUCCUUGCACAUCACGGGAACAUUCCUAUGAAAAUGUUAGUUAAUGACUUAAUGAGACUCUUAAGGGAACAUUUGUUGUUAGCUGGGUACCUGUCUGGAGUGCCAGGUGGGCGGGGGUUGCGCAUUUGUGACUAUUCUAUUGGCUCCAUUGCAACAAGUAAGCUCAAUCAAGCACAGAUACAGUAUUUUAAAUUAAUUAAAAUAGUAUUUGAACCUAGGUCUGAUUCAUUCCCCUGGGGCUCAGGAGCGAUAGAUGUGAACGCUGCUGAAUGACUGAAUGGAGGAAGGAGGUGAAGGCGAGGUAGGGAAGGGGUUGUUACACUGUUAGCGCUCGGGCACGGUUCUCUCUCCUCCUUAACCACUUUCCUAGAAGCUAUUGUGAUUAUGAUGACAUCAUUCUGCUGCCCGAGGGAAACCUCUUCCUCUUCCUCUCUCCCUGGUGAUGCACUAAGAGAUACAGUAUAUAGAUUAGGUUUGUGUAAUGGUGGAAGAGAAAGCAGGUUCCACCUUCCGAUAACCUGGGUUACAGGUUUGUAAUAGCCAUAUAUGAGAUUUCAUUGAUAUUCCCCCUUGUAACUGGCGAAACAGGCGUUAACACAAUAACACAUGCCCUGCAUUAAAUUGCUUUUGCUACACUACCCUCUUCUGCACAAAAAUUGAACUGAAGCCACCACCAAAAAAAAGGGAAUUGCUUUGCAUGCUAAUCAUAUUGAGUCAGACAGAGUAAUGCAUACGUCAAGGCUGUUACAAAGGUGAACUUUAUUCAUUAAGUUGUCAUUAAAUUGCUGUGGUUAUUCAUUCAAAAACCUCAUCAGGAGAUUCAUAAUAUAAUUUUGUUUCAGCUGGUUAUGGUUCACCAAGAGGAAUUGAUUGCAAUUAAUUUUUAUGUGAACAUCUCAAUAGGGCUAGAUUUAUUUGAAUGUAAAAGACCUCAUUAUAAAUGCCUAUAUCUCUUAAAUUCUCACAAGCUGGUUCUCUCUUUAACAAUGUUUUUGUUGAUACAUCUUAUGCACAAGUUAAACCGCUCUGGAUACCCAAUUCCCUUGAUGAGGACCCACUCUGGUCCUCCCAGGCCCAGACAGUGCCCACACCCAAAUAUAUACAGUGCAUUCGGAAAGUAUUCAAACCCCUUUACUUUUUCACACAUUUUGUUACGUUACAGCCUUAUUCUAAAAUUCAUUAAAUUGUUUUUCCCCCCUCAUCAAUCUAUACACAAUACCACAUAAUGACAAAGCAAAAACGGAAAUAUCAUAUUUACAUAAGUAUUCAGACCCUUUACUCAGUACAUUGUUGAAGCACCGUUGGCAGCGAUUACAGCCUUGAGUCUUCUUGGGUAUGACGCUACAAGCUUUGUACACCUGUAUUUGGGGAGUUUCUCCCAUUCUUCUCUGCAUAUCCUCUCAAGCUCUGUCAGGUUGGAUGGGGAGCAUUGCUGCACAGCUAUUUUCAGGUCUCUCCAGAGAUGUUCGAUCGGGUUCAAGUCCGGGCUCUGGCUGGGCCACUCAAGGACAUUCAGAGACUUGUCCCGAAGCCAUUGCUGCGUUGUCCUGGCUGUGUGCUUAGGGUCAUUGUCCUGUUGGAAGGUGAACCUUCACCCCAGUCUGAGGUCCUGAGUGCUCUGAAGCAGGUUUCAUCAAGGAUCUCUCUGUACUUUGCUCUGAUCAUCCUUCCCUCUAUCCUGACUAGUCUCCCAGUCCCUGGUGCUGAAAAACCCCACAGCAUGAUGCUGCCACCAAAGCUGAAAAUUGGACUCAUCAGAGAAGAUGACCUUACUCCAGUCCUCUACGGUCCAAUCCUUAUGGUCUUUUGCAAACCUCAGCCUGGCUUUUCUUUGCUUCUCAUUGAUGAAGGGCUUUUAUAUAGCUUUGCACGACUUCAGCCCUGCCCCUAGGAGCCUGUUUCGAACCGUCCUCGCUGUGCACUUCACCCCAGCUGCCGUUUGCCAUUCUUUUUGUAGUUUACUUGAUGUCAUCCUACGGUUGUUGAGUGACAUUCGAAUGAGUUGGCGGUCAUCCCGGUCAAUAGAGAGUCGUUUUCGCCCUCUGCCGGUGUGUAGCUUUGUUGUCCCCAACGUCUGCUUCUUGACCUUGUUCUUAUGAACCGCCGUCUUUGAAAUCUUAAGGAUGGAAGCAACCUGACGCUUACUGUAUCCCUCUGCCAGUAAAGCCAGAAUUGAACCCUUCUUUUCCUCACUCAAAACUUUCCUUUUCAACUCUUGUGGCAUGGUCAAUAGUUAUUCUUUGAUUAAUAUUACUUUUGAGGUACUAUUAGCACUGUUUUUGCCAUCCAGCUGGUCCUAUUGCAAGAGGAUAGUGAUGACCACAGCAGUGGUUUUUAUACUUUUUCUCAUUAAAUAAGAUUUGGUUCAGAUGAUCACCUAAUCAGUACCUAAUUCAGUAGAAUGAGGUGUGCCUGUGUUGGAAUUCAACAGACACUGUAAUGGAAUGGCUGUCAUACAUGUAGAGAUGCUGAUUUAAGAAAUAUUUGCAGUGGUCUCUUAAUUUUUUCCAGAGCUGUAUGUAUGUUGGUGCUUUUUUUCAUGCGUUGAAUCAUCCCAAGCCUAUUCUUGUGUUUGGUCUGUGUGUCCCCUCCAGUUUUCAGCGUGGGUAGACGCUGUGGUGUUUGUCUUCAGUCUGGAGGAUGAGAUCAGUUUCCAGACAGUCUACAACUAUUUCCUGCGUCUGUCCAGCUACAGGAACACAGCAGAGGUCCCCAUGGUCCUGGUCGGGACACAAGGUAUUUAUUUUGAACCUUGAUUUAACCAGGCAUGUCCCUUAAGGUAUGGAUAUUGUUUGGAUUGUUUGUUUCAUCCCAUACUGAAGGAGAAGGGAGAUUCAGCAACACUUCAAGGACAAUGGAAUUAAAUAAAAACGCUUCUUUAUAGCUAAAAGUUGAUCCAACGCGUUUCGGCAUUUGGUCUUCAUCAGGGUUUUUACAGAAGUAAAACAGAAUGAGGCUUUUAUACAUUUCAAGGGACCAAUCACAAUGCGUAUACAAAGAAAAACAUAAUGUUAGACAUGGGGCAAAAGUGGUAGUUUGUGGCUUAGCGGUAGCCAGUUGUUACCAUACACCUGACAUAAAUCACCUGACAUAAAGUAGGGCUGGGAAUUUUUCCUGACCCUGACUACGUGCCCUGAACAGGAACAACUCUGGGCCUUAGUUUUAGCAUAGACUUGAGACUUUAGUGUGGAUUUUCAUAUACAGAAUCCCCCAAAUGACAUUUUCUCAAAUCAAAAGGACAUAUAUUAGUCAAAGUGACUACAGUCUUGUUGGUGCUUUUUGUCUCUCCCCAGAUGCCAUCAGUGCUGCCAACCCCAGAGUGAUCGAUGACUCGCGGGCCAGGAAGCUGUCCAACGACCUGAAGCGCUCCACCUACUACGAGACCUGCUCUACCUAUGGCCUCAAUGUGGAACGAGUCUUCCAGGAUGGUGAGGGCUGAGUCAUUGGGCACUGUGGACAUACUGUAGCUAGGCCAUCAUGUCACUGAGUACUUCAUUUCUGGUCCUGGACUAGUGUUAACGCAACCAUUUCAAUUAAUCAACUAAUCUCCAAUCCCUUGAUUAACUUUGUAGCUGAAUGGGGUGUGUCAGUGCUGGGACAAAAAUGUGGAUCAGGAGUACAGAAUGCUGGUCUUCAGUGUACCGUUGUAGAGGCCAACGUCCACCCAUAGUGUUUCUAUUGCUAUCCAGUAUCCAAUCUUCCCUAGCAGAUGAUUGAGCCAUUCAUACUCUCUAUUGAAUGGUAAUGUCAAUGGAAAAUACAUUGGAAAGGAAAUUGGUAAGGAAUACAGUGCCUUGCAAAAGUAUUUCCUAUUUUGAUGCAUUACAGCCUAUAAUUUAAAUUUAUUUUAAUUUGGAUUUCAUGUAAUGGGCUCCCGAGUGGCGCAGCGGUCUAAGGCACUGCAUCUCAGUGCUUGAGGAGUCACUACAGACACCCUGGUUCGAUUCCAGGCUGUAUCAUAACCGGCCGUGAUUGUGAGUCCCAUAGGGCGGCGCACAAUUGGCCCAGCGUUGUCUGGGUUUGGCCAGUGUAGGCCGUCAUUGUAAAUAAGAAUUUGUUCUUAACUGACUUGCCUAGUUAAAUAAAGGAGAAAAAAAAGAAACAAAAAUGGACAUACAUAAAAUAGUCCAAAUUGGUGAAGUGAAAUGUAAAAAAGUUAUAAAAAUAAAUAACGGAAAAGUGGUGCGUACAUAUGUAUUCAGCCCCUUUGCUAUGAAGCCCCUAAAUAAGAUCUGGUGCAACCAAUUACCUUCAGAAGUCACAUAAUUAGUUAAAUAAAGUCCACCUGUGUGCAAUCUAAGUGUCACAUGAUCUCAGUAUAUAUACACCUGUUGUGAAAGGCCCCAGAGUCUGCAACACCACUAAGCAAGGGGCACCACCAAGCAAGCGGCACCAUGAAGACCAAGGAGCUCUCCAAACAGGUCAGGGACAAAGUUGUGGAGAAGUAGCUUGGUAGCGUGCUCUGUAGCUCAAUUGGUAGAGCACGGCGCUUGUAACGCCAGGGUAGUGGGUUCGAUCCCCGGGACCACCCAUACGUAAAAAUGUAUGCACACAUGACUGUAAGUCGCUUUGGAUAAAAGCGUCUGCUAAAUGGCAUAUUAUAAGUACAGAUCACGGUUGGGUUAUAAAAAAAUAUCUGAAACUUUUAACAUCCCACGGAGCACCAUUAAAUCCAUUAUUAAAAAAUUGAAAGAAUAUGGCACCACAACAAACCUGCCAAGAGAGGGCCGCCCACCAAAACUCACGGACCAGGCAAGGAGGGCAUUAAUCUGAGAGGCAACAAAGAGACCAAAGAUAAUAAGAAAAAAAUAAGCAAACACGUUUGGUGUUUGCCAAAAAGCAUGUGGAAGACUCACCAAACAUAUGGAAGAAGGUACUCUGGUCAGAUGAGACUAAAAUUGAGCUUUUUGGCCAUCAAGGAAAACGCUAUGUCUGGCACAAACCCAACACCUCUCAUCACCCCGAGAACACCAUCCCCACAGUGAAGCAUGGUGGUGGCAGCAUCAAUCUGCAGGGACUGGGAAACUGGUCAAAAUUGAAGGAAAUGAUGGAUGGCGCUAAAUACAGGGACAUUCUUGAGGGAAACCUGUUUCAGUCUUCCAGAGAUUUGAGACUGGGACGGAGGUUCACCUUCCAGCAGGAGAAUGACCCUAAGCAUACUGCUAAAGCAACACUCAAGUGGUUUAAGGGGAAACAUUUAAAUGUCUUGGAAUGGCCUAGUCAAAGCCCAGAUCUCAAUCCAAUUGAGAAUAUGUGGUAUGACUUAAAGAUUGCUGUACACCAGCGGAACCCAUCCAAGUUGAAGGAGCUGGAGCAGUUUUGCCUUGAUGAAUGGGCAAAAAUCCCAGUGGCUAGAUGUGCCAAGCUUAUAGAGUCAUACCCCAAGAGACUUGCAGCUGUAAUUACUGCAAAAGGUGGCUCUACAAAGUAUUGACUUUGGGGGGGUAGGCAUGUUGUGUAAAUCAAAUGAUACAAACCCCCCAAAAAUCGAUUUUAAUUCCAGGUUGUAAGGCAACAAAAUAGGAAAAAUGCCAAGGGGGGUGAAUACUUUCGCAAGCCACUGUAUUAGAGUUGACAUUGUGGAGUUAUCCUGAGUUAUACCUAUCCUGAAAGUCAUUGUACUUUAUAACAGAGUCGUCGACUGACCACUUGUUGUUGUUGAUUCCUAACUCUCUGUUGUUUGUCUGUGUCUCAUUCUCUCCACCCCAGUUGCCCAGAAGGUGGUGGCUCUGAGGAAAAAGCAGCAGCUGUCUAUUGGUCCGUGCAAGUCCCUGCCCAAUUCUCCCAGCCACUCAUCAGUCCCCAACGCAUCCAUCCCCUCUGUGCAUAUUAACCAGGUGAGGCCACACCCCCUGAUAGAAUAUUUCUAACUAAGGCCAGGAGUUUUCCUGGUCACAUAACCUGACUCAGGGACCUAGUUUUAGGCUAUUACUAGGUCCCUGAGUUGUUCCUGGUCAGUUUACAUGGUCAGAAAAAAAGAGCUUCUUCUGUGAAAUUGGUACAUGCAGCAAGACAUAGGGCUGUACACUACUGAAUAUCUAGAUAGGCUGUACACUACUGAAGAUCUAGAUAGGCUGUACACUACUGAAUAUCUAGAUAGGCUGUACACUACUGAAGAUCUAGAUAGGCUGUACACAAUUGAAGAUCUAGAUAGGCUGUACACUACUGAAGAUCUAGAUAGGCUGUACACUACUGAAGAUCUAGAUAGGCUGUACACUAUUGAAGAUCUAGAUAGGCUGUACACUACUGAAGAUCUAGAUAGGCUGUACACUACUGAAGAUCUAGAUAGGCUGUACACUACUGAAUAUCUAGAUAGGCUGUACACUAUUGAAGAUCUAGAUAGGCUGUACACUACUGAAGAUCUAGAUAGGCUGUACACUACUGAAGAUCUAGAUAGGCUGUACACUACUGAAGAUCUAGAUAGGCUGUACACUACUGAAGAUCUAGAUAGGCUGUACACUACUGAAGAUCUAGAUAGGCUGUACACUACUGAAGAUCUAGAUAGGCUGUACACUACUGAAGAUAAAGGGCGUAGAGGAGUCUACAUAAACAACAGUAUCUAUGGUGUUUCCGCUUUCCCAGAUCCUGCCUUCUUUAACUGACCAGUCUGUUCUCUCAUCUUUUUCUCUUUCUCUCUUUCUCUUUCUCUCUCCAUCUUGGUCUCUCUUCCCUCCCUCCAGUCGGCAAACGGCGGGGGUGCGUUCAGUGACUACUCCUCCUCGGUGCCCUCCACUCCCAGCAUCAGCCAGAGAGAGAUGCGCAUCGAGACCAUUGCUGCCUCCAACACGCCCACACCCAUCCGCAAGCAGUCCAAGCGCCGCUCCAACAUCUUCACAGUAAGUAUGCGGCAGCUGAUGCAGAGCAACACCCACUCACAUUACUAGAGGGCGCAGUACCGCACACACACAUACUGUCCACCAGAGGGAGACUAAGACGAAGCUACCAUUUCUGUCUGUCUCAGAUACAGGCACAAAAAGCCUUCCUGGCUUUACUCUUUAUACAAGCAACUACAAUGGGCAAAGGGGACAAAAAAUAAUAACAAUAUGGUUGUUGGUUGCAACCUGGGUUGUAUUUUGAACCCAUACUAUGAAAAAAAACGUCAUUUAUUUUUUAAAUUUCUUAUUUUAAAGCAAAUAUCAAAGCUAUAAGCACUGUGGAGAAAUAUCUCAGCUUUUUUAAACCUUUUUUAUGUUGGUAACAUUUUUCUUUACUUUCCAAUUGGAAGUAAAUGAGCGCAUGAGUUACUCAUCUUUCACUUAUACCCUUUUCCUGGCCCCACUGUCUCAAUCUUUGGCCUCCGUCCCUCCCCUACCCCUCUUAUUUUUACUAGAUCCUUUCUUUGCAGUGACUCCCUAUUGGGGGAGAGAAGGGGUGAGGCAAGGCUACACCUCACUAAAGCCAGCAAUGCCACUUCCCUAACCCGGCCACACUAAGCUAAACUAAAAGUCAGGACCAUAAACCUUUCAGUCACUACAGAGUCAGAUAAUGCAUGCUCUCCCUCUCUCCCCCUCCACCCCUAUCUUACUGUAGGUAUCCCUACCCUAGAUAUUCCAGCUCUGACCUUAGCCCAUUGACCUCUGGCCACUACCAGUGUACUUACCACAGCUUGCCCUGCUCCCAUUACCUAUACUUAUGAUAGCCCUAGUUAAACCUUUAUCCUUACCCCAAUUUCCCGUAUUCAAUCCUGUGACACAGCUCUAACCUUCCCUACCUUUGAGACCUUUGCACUAACCACUGUUCUUUUCACAGCCUCCUUACCUCCCAGCCUUCUCCCCUAACCCCAGCCUCCUCCUGCUCCAAUCUACCUUUAUCCCUUCCCCAGCUCCCCUUUCUCUAACCUCUAACCUCUCGCUUCUCCCCUAACCCCAGCCCCAUCCCUUUCUCUAACCAAGCUCAACCCUGACCCCAGCCUUCCCACAUCCUCCCUCUCUCUAACCUCUCCCAUCUCCCCCUACCCCAGGCUCUGGGCAGCAGAGCAGGCUGUGUGUCAGUUAGUAGCUCCCCUUGUCUUCUCCCUCCCCCUGCUAGGUAGUGACUAACCCUGUCCACCAGAGAAAUGAGCCUCUGCCCGUCUGCGUCAUGGAGAUGCCCAAGCAUGCCACCUAUCCUGUGUGGGUGCCCGAAUGGCAGGCCGAGCGGGAGUUUCAGCUCAUGACCUUCUGA